GCCCCGUUCCAGCGCUCCCGUAGCUCUGAUCCUUUUCCCGUGUGCACCGACCGACCCCGGAAGCCCGACUCCUUUGGCACUUCUGCCCGCAUUGAUCGAUCUCCCGUGUACCGACUCCUUCCUGCCCGCUGACCUGCUCUUUACGCCCGACGUCCCGACUACCGCUGCUGAUCCCCGUUUUUCCCAAAUUACCUCUGCGUCUCCCGUGUACUCCUGCGUUUGGGUCGUACCUCCGUCUCGAUGGGUCGUGACGGAGCGAUCUGGCCAAAACGGGACCCAGCGGGAAAGACCGACGCAAGGUAGACCGACCGCCGGAGGACCGAGCCUGUCUGAUCUGGGCUGCCAAGCAAACAAGAAGAAGAAGAAGAAGAAAAUGUCGACACAGGCGCCAACCUUUACACAACCGCUUCAGAGCGUGGUGGCACUAGAGGGUAGUGCUGCCACCUUCCGGGCGCAAGUGUGCGGUGCUCCGGUUCCCGAGGUGUCCUGGUUCCGCGAUGGGCAGGUUCUGUCGACCGCCACGUUGCCCGGCGUUCAGAUCUCGUUCAGCGACGGCCACGCUGUUCUGAUCAUCGAAGGCGUCAACGCAGCGCACAGCGGGAGGUUUUCGGUCCGGGCCACAAAUGGAGCAGGACAAGCCACCAGCACUGCAGAACUCGUCGUUACAGCUGAGACCUCGCCUCCCAGUUUCCUUCAGAGACUUCAGAGCUCGACGGUGAGGCAGGGCAGCCAGGUGAAACUCAGCGUGAGAGUCACCGGCAUCCCGUCACCGGCCGUCACGUUCUACCGGGAGGGAGCCGAGAUCCAGAGCUCGGCCGACUUCACCAUCACCCAGGACGGAGACCAGUACAGUCUGCUAAUCGCUGAGGCCUUCCCAGAAGACUCCGGGACAUACUCGGUGACAGCCAGCAACAGUAGCGGUCGAGCCACGUCGUCCGCCGAGUUGCUGGUUCACGGCGAGGAAGUUGUCCCGGCUAAGAAAACCAAGACCCUGGUUCCCGGUUCACAGACGAGUCAUCAGACCAGACUGGAACAGCGGGUAGAGGCCAGUUUUCAGACUAUGGCUACCAUGGAGAUGCAGGUGGAAGGUGUGGAGCUGACAGAUCUCCUGGAGCACAAAACCGCACCCAAACCUACGUCGUCAUCGCCAUCUCAGCCAUCAGCCAUCAGCAGGGCGACGGCGGGACGGCAGCAGUCACCCUCGCCUGUCAGACACGUCAAAGCCCCGACGUCCACACCUGGCAGGGCCGUCAUGUCCCCAAUGGGCACGUACCAGUCUGACGUCCUUCCCCCCUGGAAGCAGGCUGGCCUCCCGAAUGAGGCAGGUUCCGGCAGCAGCUUGGCCCAGCUGGACCAGGAACAGCAGCUCAUCUAUGUCACACAGGUGGUAGAAGAAGCUGUCCCAACUCCCCACCGUGACAGUGUGGUUCCACCGGCUUUAGUUUCUGCUCUGAAGAACACAAAUGUGACCGAAGGCGAGUCUGUGACACUGGAGUGCCAGAUCAGUGGCCAGCCCACCCCCGUAGUCAUGUGGUUCCGAGAGGACUACAAGAUUGACAGCUCCACGGACUUCCAUAUCAGCUACCACGACGACGGGUGUGCCCGUUUGUUGAUCCGCGAAGCCUUUGCCGAGGACAGCGGGCGCUUCACGUGUACUGCCACUAAUGAGGCGGGAACCCUCAGCACCUCCUGUUACCUGCUCGUCCAUGUGUCUGAUGACAUCGAGAGCCGAGAGGAGGUCGCUGAGGAACCUGAAGAGAAAUUGUAAGUCAAUCACCGCAAGGUUUCCUGGACGUCUCACGUGGUUGAGUCUGAGUCAUCUGCCGUCGCUCCUUUCUUCGUCAAGACUCCUGGCGUCCAGAAGCUGGUCGAAGGGGGAAGCGUCGCCUUCAUGUGCCAAGUCGGGGGGUGCCCUAAACCACACAUCAUCUGGAAGAAGAGCGGCGUCCCGCUCGCCACCGGAUACAGAUACAAAGUUGCCUACCAAAAGCAGACUGGCGUGUGUCACCUGGUGAUCUCUAUGGCCUUUGCUGACGAUGCCGGAGAAUAUUCUGUCUUUGCCAGGAACCAGCUGGGAGAGGUGUCUGCUACCGCCAGCCUGUUAGAAGAAGAUGAAUAUGAAGCCUUUGUGAAGAAACAAGCGGUAACCUUGAAGACAGACCUCGAAGCCUCAAUGCAGGAGCCCCUGGUCGGAGAUACUGCACCUGCCGUGACAAUCAUGGAGAAGAGGACCGCCACUCUUAUCUCUGGACAGGACCUCCACCUCUCGAUCCUGGAGCAGCGCAUCAUGCACGAAAUUGAGCUGAGCAUCCUGAGGAUCAGUUACAGAGAACUGUUGGCAGAGGAUGGGGAGCAGAUGGUGAGCGGCGCAGAAGACGAGGCCGUGCCACCUACUUUCGACACGCUGGUGAAGAACUACCGAAUUGUUGAGGGCAUGGGCGUCACGUUCCACUGCAGGAUGGUUGGAGUGCCGCUGCCCAAGAUUGUUUGGUACAAAGAUGGCCAGCGGAUACGAGCCGGUGGACGCUACCAGGUAGAGGUCCUUCUGGACGGACGUGCCAGUCUGCGACUGCCCGUGGUUCUGCCUGAGGACGAGGGUGUUUACAGUGCCCUGGCCAGCAACAUGAAGGGAAAUGCCGUCAGCUCAGGGAAGCUCUACGUGGAACCUUCUGGAAGCGAGUCGCCUCGGCGAUACACGCCACAGCCAGCUCAGCAGAGGAUCCGGUCCCAGUCUCCUCGCUCGCUGAGCCGCUCACCGGACCCUCCCCUCAGUCGUUCUCCCAGUCGUUCUCCCGUAAGAAGGCUCGACAACACGGGUGAGGCUCAGCUAGAGAGACUCUACAAGCCUGUCUUCGUCGUGAAGCCCGUCUCUUGUGAAUGCUCCGAGGGGCAGACGGCUAGAUUUGACCUGAAGGUGGUGGGCAGACCCAUGCCGGACACUUACUGGUUCCACAACGGUCAACAAGUAGUCAGCGACUACACUCACAAGAUUGUGAUUAAAGAGGAUGGUACUCAGUCCCUGAUCCUCACUCCGGCCAUGCCACAGGACUGCGGCGAGUGGACAGUGGUAUCGCAGAACAGAGCUGGACGCUCAUCAAUCUCUGUCACCCUCACUGUUGAUGCCAAGGAAGCCCUGGUGCGUCCGCAGUUCACAGAGAGGCUGAGGAACAAGAGCGUGAAACAAGGAACUCUGGUUGAACUGGCAGUCAGAGCCAUCGGAAACCCUUUGCCAGAAAUCGUCUGGCUCAAAAAUAGCGACAUUGUCACGCCUCACAAGCAUCCACAUAUAAAGAUUGAAGGAACCAGAGGAGAAGCAACAUUCCAGAUCCCGUCCGCUUCAGGUUCAGACAGUGCAUGGUACACAGCAACGGCCAUCAACAAAGCUGGCAGGGACACCACCCGAUGCAGAGUCAACGUAGAGAUGGACUAUGCCGAACCGGAGCCAGAGAGGAAGCUCAUUAUUCCCAAAGGAACCUACAAGGCCAAAGAGAUUGCUCCCCCAGAGCUGGAGCCCCUGCAUCUCCGCUAUGGGCAAGAACAGUGGGAGGAAGGAGACCUUUACGACAAAGAGAAGCAGCAGAAACCACAAUUUAAGAAGAAGCUGACCUCCAUUCGAAUGAAGAGGUUUGGUCCUGCUCACUUUGAGUGCAGACUGACCCCGAUUGGCGACCCCACCAUGGUGGUAGAGUGGCUCCAUGACAGCAAACCCCUGGAGGCUGCUAACCGGUUGCGCAUGGUCAAUGAAUUUGGAUAUUGCAGUCUGGACUAUGAGGUAGCGUACGCUCGAGACAGCGGCGUCAUCACCUGCAGAGCAACCAACAAGUUCGGAGUGGACCAGAACUCGGCCACCCUGAUUGUCAAGGACGAAAAGGGUCUGGUUGAGGAGACACAGCUGCCUGAGGGAAGGAUAGGAACACAUAGAAUCGAGGAAAUGGAGCGCAUAGCUCACGAGGGAGGACCCGCGGGAGUGGGAGCUGACGAGGAGACAGAAAAGACUAAACCUGAAAUUGUCCUCCUUCCCGAGUCGACUCGAGUGCUGGAAGGUGACAUUGCCCGAUUCCGCUGCAGAGUGACCGGUUACCCUGUGCCCAAGGUCAACUGGUACCUCAACGGACAACUGAUUCGCAGGAGCAAAAGAUACAGACUCCGUUACGAUGGGAUUUACUACCUCGAGAUCAUUGACAUCAAGUCUUACGAUUCAGGAGAGGUCAGAGUGGUUGCGGACAACAACCUUGGCUCUACUCAGCACACAGUUAAACUGGAGAUUCAGCAGAGGGAAGAUUUCAGGACGCAUCUUCGUCGGGCUCCUGAGCCCAAACCAGCUGAGGCUGCACCAGAACUUGGAAAAGCUCCAUUUGAAGUGGUGAAGGUGGAGCAGGCCUCAGAUGACACGCAGCUGAAAGAGGUCAUCAAGCUCAAGAAAGCCCAAAGGAUUGUUCACGAGAAGUCUAACGAGGAGUCGGAGGAGUUGAGGAGCAAGUUCAAGCGCAGAACAGAAGAGGGCUAUUACGAGUCCAUCACGGCCGUGGAACUCAAGUCUCGUAAGAGGGACGAGUCCUACGAGGAUCUGCUGAGGAAGACAAAGGAAGACCUACUUCAUCGAGCCAAGGAAAAGGAGGCGGAAGAGAAGCAAAGAGAGGAAGAGCGACGUAAAAUCACAGCCAAACCACUCCAACCAGAAAGGGUUAAGCUCUCAGCGAGCAUGGAAGCUCCCAGAAUCCUGGAGCGCAUAUCAAGUCAGACAGCGGCACAGGGGGACGAAGUCAAGUUCAGAGUCCGGGUUGUCGGUAGACCAGAACCCGAGUGCCAAUGGUUCAAGAAUGGUGUUCAACUGGAGAAGACUCACCGGGUUUAUUGGUUCUGGCCCGAGGACCACGUGUGUGAGCUGUUGAUCAGAGACGUAACAGCUGAGGACUCGGCUAGUAUCAUGGUCAAAGCUGUCAACUCUGCCGGCGAGACCUCCGGUCACGCUUUCCUCCUGGUGCAAGCAAAACGAGUGAUUAACUUCACACAAAUGUUGGAAGACAUCAAUGCCAAAGAGAAAGACACCAUGGCCACGUUUGAGUGCGAAACCAACGAACCCUUCGUCAAGGUCAAAUGGCUGAAGAACGACGCUGAGAUCUUCUCUGGAGACAAGUUCAGGAUGCAUUCGGACAGAAAAGUCCACUUCCUGUCUGUGCUCGCGUUGGAAAUAAAAGACGACGCGGAAUAUUCCUGCGUGGCCGUGGACGACGACCUGAUCAGAACCAGUGCCAAGCUGAAUGUUGAAGGAGCUCCGCUGGAGAUCCUGAAACCCCUCGAGUGCACCGAGGUGCCAGAGAGCUACUCUGGAGAGUUUGAAUGCGAGCUUUCCCGUGAGGAUGCUGAGGGCGUUUGGUUCUUCGGAGACGCGCAGCUGUCUCCGAGCAGCAAGCACGUCAUCUCAUCGCGGCGCGGGCGCCAUAGCCUGUCCGUCAAGGAUGUCAACAAGGGAGACCAGGGGCGAUACUCCUUCGCAGUGGGCGACUUGAAGACGCAUGCUAACCUCAAGAUGAAAUACCGACCGGUCACCCUGAUGCAGCCUCUCACCGAUCUGACGGUCUGCGAGGGGGACAUUGCUCAGAUGGAGGUGAAGUUUUCUCAGGGGAAUGUUGAAGGAAUCUGGAUGAAGGACGGACAAGCUGUGACUGUCUCGGAUCGGGUGCACGUGGUUAUCGACAAACAAAUCCACAAACUCCUAAUUGAGGACACCAGGAAGGGCGACUUUGGCGUUUACACCUUUGAGGUUCCCACUCAGGGGAUCUCCACCACGGCGAAGCUGAAUAUUCGCACAAUCAGCAUCCUGAGCCCACUGAGGGACACGAGUGCAGUUGAAGGCACCAAAACUGUUCUGGAGGCCAAGAUCUCUGCUCAGGACAUCAGCUCAGUCAAGUGGUGCCACGACGACAAACCCUUGAUGCCCAGUGACCGGGUCCAGAUAGUGGCCAAGGGAGCCAAACAGCGGCUGGUGUUCAAUCGAACCUUCGCCUCAGACGAAGGAAACUACAAGCUGGCGGUUGGUCGAGUUGACACCAGCUGCCGAUUGUCUGUACAGACCGUCCAAAUCCUGGUCCCGAUGAAGGACAGGAAAUGCGCGGAGUCGGAGAAUGUGACCUUUGAGGUGCAAGUGUCUCACCCUCGCAUCGACGCCUUCUGGACUUUCAAGGGGCUGCCACUCAAAGCAGGGAGCAAAUACAAGAUGGAAUCGAACAACACGUUGCUCACUCUGACGGUCCUAAAUGCCAUGAAGGACGAGGAGGGCGAGUACACCUUUGCUGCCGGAGAGAAGACAUGUGCUGCAUUGCUCACUGUGUCAGGGGGUGCCAUCAAGAAGCCUCUUCAGGACACUGUGGUGGCUGACUCACAGACAGCCAAGCUGGUGUGCGAAGUCGCAAACCCUUCAGUAGAAGGCAAGUGGAUGAAAGAUGGCCAGCCCAUGGACUUCAACGAGAACAUCCUGAGCCAGGUGAACGGCUCCGUCCGAAGCCUUGUCAUCGUCAUCACCAAAGCCAGCGACGUCGGAGAGUACACUUACCAGAUUGCGAGCUCCAAGACCUCUGCCACUCUCAAGGUUGAAGCUGUAAAGGUGAAGAAGACGCUGAAGAACUUGAACGUGGUCCAGACACAAGACGCCAUCUUCAGCUUGGAGCUAACCCACCAAGACGUGAGGGGAGCCCAGUGGAUCAAGAACGGCAUUGAGAUCAAGCAAAGCGACAAAUACGAGAUCAGCGUUAGUGGCACCGUGCACACCUUGAAGAUCAAGAACUGCACCACACAGGACGAGUCGGUGUAUUCUUUCAAGUUGGGGAAACUGUCGGCCAAUGCCAGGUUGAACGUUGAAACCAUCAAGUUCCUGAAGAAGCCAAAGGACGUAACAUCGCUCGUAGGAGCUGCUGCCGUCUUCGACUUGGGCAUCUCGGAGGACGAUGUCCCCGUCAAGUGGCUGUUCAACAACACGGAGCUGAAGCCCGACGAGCACUACGUGAUGUCCUCUGAGAAGAAGACACACAAACUAGUGGUCCAGGAUGUGGACUGCAGCAAAGAGGGGGAGUACACGGCGGUGGUCGGUCAUCUACGCUGCAGCGCUCGCCUCACUGUUGAGUCUCUUCACGUGACUCGCCCAUUGAAGAGCGUGUCGGUGGCCGAGACCCAGACAGCCACCUUUGAAUGCGAAGUGUCUCACUUUAAGGUGCCACCCACCUGGCUGAAAAACGGCGUCGAGAUUGAGAUGAGCGAAAAGUUCCGCAUGGCGGUACAGGGCAAAGUCCACCAGCUGAAGAUCUCAAACAGCGCCAGGGAUGACUCAGCCGAGUACACCUUCGUGUGCAGGAAUGACCGCGUCUCUGCCACACUCACUGUCAAUCCCAUCAUCAUCACGGUCACGCUUCAAGAUGUGAAGGCUCGGGAGAAAGACACGAUAACAUUUGAGGUGAAUGUCAACUAUGAGGGAAUCUCCUCCAAAUGGCUGAAGAACGGCAUGGAGAUCCGCUCUACCGACAGAUGCCAGGCUCGUUGCAAACAGCAAGCGCACACGCUGAACAUCCGGAACGUUCACUUUGGUGACAGCGGAGAAUACAGCUUCAUGGCAGGACAAUCUAGCACCACUGCGAAGCUCUUUGUAGAGGCUCGUGUUGUUGAAUUCACCAAACACUUGAAAGACCUGAAGAUCACAGAGAAGAAGAGAGCAACUUUUGAAUGUGAAGUUUCCGAAGCAAGCGUCCAGGUGAUGUGGAUGAAGGACGGGCAGGAACUGGAGAUGUCUGACAGAUACAAGAUGUCCUCAGAGGGGUUUGUGCACCGCUUAGUUUUGCCAUCCACCCGUCUGUCUGACACUGGAGAGUACACCGCCGUGGCUGGGUCCAGCAUGUCGAAGGGGAACCUCACAGUUGAGGGGCGUGACAUCAAGAUCUCCGAGCCCAGCGAUAAAAACACAACUGUUGUUGAGAGACAAAAAGCGACUUUUGAGUUCGAAGUGAGCGAGGAUGAUGUCGAAGGUCGCUGGCUGAGGAAUGGAACAGAGAUCCAGUUCUCAGUAGAUGAGCGCUUCAGUUACGUCACCAUCAGGAAGCUCCACCGUCUCACGAUAGCUGAAACCUACAGGAGCGACACCGGGGAGUACACCUUCAUCGCCGGAAAAAAUAAAACCACCGUCAACCUUCAUGUGCGACUCCCCGAACUGCCACAGGUGGUCCGGCCCUUGCUGGCCCAGACGGUGACAUCGGGCAAAGCAGUUCGCUUCUCGGUGCGGGUGAGCGGUCUCCCGCAACCUCAGGUGACCUGGUACCGAGGCUCUCAGGCUCUGUCCACCAGCUCCAUCUGCAAGUUCCUGCACGACGAAGAUGAGCACACGCUGCUGCUCCUUGAAGUCUUCCCCGGGGAUGCGGGGAUCUACAGCUGUGAGGUCAAAAAUGACUUUGGAGAGGCGACAAGCUCCGCGUCGCUCAAUGUGGAAGCUCCUGAAGAAAGUGUGUUGCGGGUCUCUGCUCCUGUUCUGGUUUCUCCCAUGAGAGACAUCUUAGUGACAUCGGGAAAUUCUGCCCAGUUGGAGUGUACAGUCUCUGGGGAAGAUCUGCAGAUCUGUUGGUUCUGGAAUGAUAGAGAGAUCCGACAAUCAGAUGUCUUUCAGAUAUCUCGAUUUGGGGAUAUCUGCCAGUUGAACAUUUCCAGAGUGGAGUUCAAGCAUGAAGGAGAGUACUCGUGUGUUGCCAGAAACUCUGCCGGAAUGGUGACCUGUGGGGCCAGUUUGAAUAUUGAUGAUGAACAAACCUUAGCUAGCAUGGCAAGCACCAUGGCUGAGGCUACGCUGAGUCAGAAGCUUGAGGUUGAAACCCUCACGGAGUUUACUCAGUCCUACUCUGAGAGAUCCUCCAUAUCUUGGAGAACCAUGGAGGUUGAAAUGGAGAGCUCAGAACACAGCGUUCAAAUCCAAGUGCUCCAGGAGCCCAAAGUGCUGAGAGAGCUGCAAGAUAUCUGGGUAAAAAGUGGUGAGAUGGCCGCGUUCAGCUGCUCGUUUGAUGGGCAGCCCUUCAUCAAGGUGGUUUGGGAUCAUAACGGCCAGAAGCUACUCAGAGACAAGGCGAGAAGCUUUCAGAGUGGCGGACAAUUGUCCCUGGUCAUCCAGGGUGUGAGUCUGGCCGACCAGGGCAUGUACCGCUGCACUGCCACCAACCGACAUGGCCACAGCAGCUCCUCUGCCCGCCUCACGGUGGAAGCGAAAGAGGCAAAUGUCAAAGGCCAAAGUGCCAUUGCAACAGAUUCCGUGCACGCGGCCUCGCUGGCAAACAGGGAGAACACAAAAGAUUCUGCAGAGAUCCCAGACAAGGAAUUGAUGGUGGACAACCCAGGAUCCUUGCCUCCGUAUUCACAGCUGUACUUCCUGGACAGCUUUCCCGACACCCGUUUGUGCAGCCGCCCCGACUUCCUGAUCCAGAUCCCCCGAGAGCUGCUUACGCAGAACCGCAGCCCUUCACUGGGUUGCGUUAUGAAGGGGCUCCCCACUCCUUUUGCCAUUUGGCUUUACAGCCGCUUGAAAGUUGUGGACACCAUGUCGUACUCUCGCAAACGUGACGGCCCCCUGUGCUGUAUGACUGUUAAGAAUGUGGGACCCAGAGAAGGGGGCUUUGUGUCUUGCAAAUCCUCAGCCGAGGAUGCUGAGUGCGGCCUGAUGACCAAAGUCACAGUGGAGGAGACGGCACCUGUGAUCCACGUCCAGGAGGAAGCCUCAGCUCUCGAAACAGCCAUGCCCGUGUUCAAGCACUCCAUGGUCUCUGUGGAGGUCAAUGCUGGCAACACUGCCAGGUUCGAGUGUGAAACGGGGGAUGCCAGCGAAGUCACAUUCAGGUGGUUCAAAGACGGUGGCCCCAUCAAAGAGGGAGAGCGCUUCAGGAUUAUCAGCCGCAUCACUACUUCCUAUCUCGAGCUCUUGAGUGCCACCAAGGAUGACGCUGGGGAGUACAGCUGCAAGGCGUCCAAUAGAUACGGCAAUGAUGAAUGCUCCGCUGCACUCAGCGUCACAGACCAGCUGGCCCUACCCAUCAUGCCUGCGCACUACAAAAGCUUCCAUGACAGCAGUAAGAUCAGUCUUGACAUCUCUGCAGUUACACAAGCUGAUCAGGGGCUUUACCUGUGCCAGGUGUCCAAUAAGGUCGGCACGGCCGAGUGCAGCCUAGAGCUGCAGGUAAUUGAGAAGCCCAAGUUUGUGACGCUACUGAGGAUGAUGAUGUUGGAUCACAUUAUGACCUGUCUCUCUUCACUAUCUUCCUUUAUGACAGAGCGUGCGCUUCCUCCGGGCUUCAUCAAGCGGCCACCGGAGUCUAUGAUGGAUUCAGUGGGCAAGACAGUCACCAUGGAGACUCGGCUUUCGGGGUCCCAGCCUCUGAAAGUCGUCUGGCACAAGGACAACAAAGAAAUUUGCCCUUCGGACAAAUACAACAUCACCUUUGAGAACAACAUGGCUGUUCUGUUUGUCCGAGACUCGGUUAUGUCCGACUGUGGCGUGUACACUUGUGAGGCCUCCAACGAGGCAGGAAAAGCUUCCUGUGACGUUUCUCUCACCAUUUCAGAAAGUGUCAAGCCUCCUAGAUUUGACGUCCCACUGCAGCCAGUAACACUGAGUGAGGGUGACAAUCUGAUCCUCAAAUGUCAUGUCUGUGGUACUCCUCCGCUCACCAUCAACUGGAUGAAGGACAGGAGGGAGCUCAGAUCCAGCACAAGCACAAAGAUCACUUUUGUGAAGAGUACACCCAGUCUGGAAAUCAACCAGGUGACCAAGACCGCAGCAGGAGAUUAUCUGUGCAAGGCCAGCAAUGCCACCGGGACAGACUUCUGCAAGGCAAAGGUCACAAUCAAAGAUAAAGAAGUCAAGGCCGCUCCAGCCAUCUCUGCUAUCGUCCCCCCCAUCGCUGCCCCCGAACCUGUGAAACGUCUGGACAACCUUUUCUUCAUCGAGGAACCAACGAGUGUUUCCGUCACAGAGAAGGGUUUGGCCACCUUCAUCGCCAAGAUCGCAGGCGAGCCCAUCCCGAGCGUGAAGUGGAUGAAGGGCAAGUGGAGGCAGCUCACGCCCGGCGGUCGCAUCUCCAUGGAGCAUAAAGGCCAGGACGCCAAACUAGAGAUCAGGGAGGUGACCAAGUCGGAUUCGGGCCAAUACCGCUGUGUGGCCUCCAACAAGCAUGGUGAAAUCGAGUGCAGUGCUGAGAUGACAGUGACCAAAAAAGAGGAAUUGGCCGAGGACAUCAGGAUCCAGCUGAAGAGGACCCCCUCGAAGCAGAAGAGUCCCAAAAAAGAAGAAGCGAUUAAUUUAGUUGAGUUGCUCAGAGGUCAAGAGCCCAAAGACUAUGAAAAGAUUCUAAGGGAUCAUCAAAUUUACGACUACCGAGCCAUCCUCCAGGCGCUGGAGCUGCUGAAGCGGGAGAAGGAAAUGGAGGAAGCACAACACGGCAGCCUGGUUGAAGAAGAAGAUAUGGCCCACCUCAUUCGGCAGCUGGAGGGACGCAUGGACACGGAGCCUGUAACUGUCAUGGAGGACAUCAGUGACCAGACCACAUCUGAAAACCAGAGCGCCACCUUUGACUGCUGGAUCAGGAUCAACUACCCAGAGAUCACGCUGACCUGGUACAAAGGAACCCAGAAAUUAGAGGAUGGCGAAAAAUAUUCCAUCAGCACCAACGGUGAACGCCACAGCAUGAAGGUCCACAACUGUCAGGCCGAAGACCAAGGCGACUACCGGGUGGUCUGUGGUCCUCACAUCUCCAACGCCAAGCUCACCCUCUCCGAAUCUGAUGCCGAGAAGCUGGAGUUGAUGGCUGCUGCGUUGCCUCAACAAGAGGAACAGGUGGUCCCCAAAGAUGGCAAACCAGCAGAGGAACCUGCCAAAGGAAGAGGACGAGGAUUUGGUGUUAGACUAACGCCAUCUCCUGGUGAUGGAGGUCGGGGUCGGGGCUUAAGGCCCGGUGGGAAAGGCCCCUCGCCUCCAGAGGAACCGUUUGGAGGAUUCAAACUCAAAGCCGUUCCCCUGAAGUUUAUCAAGAAGCUGGAGGAUAUUGUGCUGCAGGAGGCCGAGUCCAUUGGUUCUUCAGCCGUGUUUGAGUGCCAGGUGUCGCCGUCCACCGCCAUCACAUCGUGGAUGAAGGAUGGGGGAAAUCUGCGUGAGGGGCCCAAGUACAAGUUGACCUCGGAUGGCAAAGAUCGCAAGAUGAUGGUCAAAGAUGUUCAGUUGUCAGACACCGGCGAGUACACCUGUAUCGCCAGGAAUGCGGGCAAAGAAAUCACCUGCACUGCUAAACUCAUUGUUGAAGAGCUCCCCGUGAGGUGGAUCAAAGAGUUGGAACCGGAGAUGUCGUGUACCAAGGGUCAGCCCAUGUACCUGACCUGUGAGCUCAACAAGGAGAGGGAUGUGAUUUGGAAGCGGGACGGUGUGAAACUGAAGAAUAUGGCCGGAAAAUUGGCCAUCAAUAUUAUUGGCUUGCAGCAUGCUGUCACCAUCCAGAACGCCACCGAGGAAGACACCGGCAUCUACUCGUGCGAGGUGGACGCGCCGGACGGCAUCAAGACCAGCACCAACGUCAAAGUGACCGAGGUGAUCAAAGACUGGUUGAUGAAGCCUCUGAGGGACCAGCACGUGAAACCCAGAUCCAGUGCUACCUUCAGAUGUCAGCUCUUCAAGGACACGCCUAACUGGAAGUGGCUCAAAGGCGACACGGAGCUCACGCCUUCCGACAAGUUCGAGAUCAGCAAAGAUGGAGUCGGCAUGGUGCUCACCGUCAACAACUGCCAGCCUGAAGAUGUGUCAGAAUAUACCUUUGCCGUGGAGGACCGCAAAUACGUGGCCAAACUGACUCUCGGAGAGCGCGAGGCCGAAAUCUUGAAGCCGCUGGCCAGCGUGGAGGUGGUGGAAAAGGAAGAAGCCAACUUUGACACAGAAAUCUCAGAGGAAGAUGUUGUUGGGGAAUGGAAACUUCAGGGACAGGUGCUGAGCCGGUCCCCGACAUGUGACAUUAAAGCCGAUGGAAAUAAACGCUUCCUGAGUUUAAAGAACGUCCAAUUGGACCAGGCAGGCGAAGUGUCCUACCAAGCUUUAAAUGCCAUCACCAGCGCAAUGCUGACCGUCAAAGAAAUCGAAAUGGGCUUUGUGGAGCCUCUGAAGGAUAUUUCGGUGCCAGAAAAGAAACAAGCCAAAUUUGAAUGCAUUGUCACUAAGGAAGUGUCCAAGGUGCUGUGGUACAGGGGGGUGGAAAUUGUGACCUCGGGCCCCAAAUAUGAGAUCAUUGACGACGGAAACAAACACAUGUUGAUCAUAAACAGCUGUGAGUUUGACGAUGAGUCCGAGUACACCAUCGAGGUUUUGGAUCAGAAGUCCACCGCAAACCUCUCGGUGGAAGGCACGAGGCUGAAGUUUGUCAGGCCGCUGGAGGACCAGACGGUCAAAGAAGGUAAAACAGCUCACUUUGAGCUCGAGCUGACACAUGACGACGUACCGGUGACCUGGUACAGAAACGAAGUCAAGCUCCACGUGAGCCGAACAGUGAUCGCACACGUGGAAGGAAAGAAACACGUUCUAGAGAUGAGGAUGUUGACGCUUGACGAUACCUGCCAAAUUAAGGCAGAGGCGAAAGGAAUAAGCUCACUGGCAAAACUGACAGUCAUUGAGGGCGAUGCCAUGUUUGUGGUCAAACUCCAAGACCACACGGUAACCGAGAAAGACCAGGCCUCUCUGGAGUGUGAGCUCAACAAGGACGUCCCAGUUGUUUGGUAUCACGAAGAGAAGGAAAUCAUUACCUCCAAAAUGGUGCUGAUGAAGUCUGAGGCUACUUGGAGGUCUUUGAUCUUGAGGAAGGUGGAGCAGAGCAACAGAGGAAAGUACACCUGUGACUGUGGAACAGACAAGACGCUCGCCACACUCACCAUUGAAGCUCGUGAGAUCAAGUUGGUUCGGCCCAUUUACGGCUUGGAGCUCUUUGAUGGAGAAACAGCUCGUUUUGAGGUGGAGAUUUCCGAGGACGACGUCCACGGCCAGUGGACACUGAACGGAGAAGUCCUGACCGCUUCCUCUGAUGUGGACAUCAUCGAAGAGGGAGGCAAACACACACUGAUCCUGUACAACUGUAAAGUGUCUAUGAGUGGUGAGGUGGCCUAUGCCGCCGCCAACGCCAAAUGUGCCGCCAACCUGAUGGUCAAAGAACUUCCUCUCAGCUUCCUGACGCCGCUGAGUGACGUGCAAGUUUACGAGAAGGAUGCCGCCAGAUUUGAGCUGGAAGUGUCCAGAGCGCCCAAGUCUUUCUGUUGGCUGAAGGGUUUGCGGGAGCUACAGAGCGACGACAAUUGCGAGAUGAUCCAGGACGGCAACACAUACAUCCUGCUGAUUCGCUCGGCCACCUACGAAGACGAGGCCAAAUACGUGUUUGAGGCUGAAGACAAGAGGACCGCCGGCAAGCUGGUCAUUCAAGGAAUCCGUCUCGAGUUCAUCAAGUCCAUCAAGGACGUGACGGUGAAAGAGCGCGAAAUGGCCGAGUUCAGCGUGGAACUCUCCCACCAAGAUAUCCCAGUGGUUUGGUAUAAGAACGACGUGCGGCUUCACCCCAGCAAAGUGGUCCACAUGACGGACCAUGGGACGCUCCACACGUUGGCCUUCAAGGAGGUCGUCAUGGACGACACGUCCAUGAUCAAGGUCGAGGCCGCGGACAAGAGCGUCAGUGCCAUGCUUACCGUCAUUGAGGGCGACCCGUACUUCACCACCAAGCUGCAGAACUACGCGGUGGUGGAGAAGGAUGAAGUCAAGCUGGUGUGCGAACUGAGCAAGGCGGUGGCGGAGGUCAAAUGGUUCAAGGAUGGGAAGGAGGUGACACCCUCCAAGAACAUCAGCAUUAGCGCCGAUGGCAAAAAGCGAAUCCUGAUGUUCCGGAAGGCCGAGAUGAGCGAUAUCGGAGAAUACGCGUGCGACUGCGGCUCUGACAAAACUACUGGCAAUCUCAAAGUUGAAGAGCGUGACAUCAAGGUGAUGCGUCCACUGUACAGCGUGGAGGUCACUGAGAUGGAGACGGCCAAGUUCGAGGUAGAGAUUUCCGAGGAGGACGUCCGCGGAAACUGGCAGCUGAAGGGAGAACCUUUGCACCAGUCGGCCGACGUGGAGAUCAAGGAGGAGGGACUCAAACAUCUUCUCGUCCUCUACAACGUACGCAUGGACAUGGCCGGAGGAGUGGAGUUCUCGGCAGGCAACGCCGAAUCAAACGCUCAGCUCCGAGUCAAAGCCCGAGCCAUCAGCCUGCUGCAGCCGCUGAAGGACGUGACAGUGACGGCCGGAGAGACGGCCACCUUCCAGUGUGAGCUGUCUUACGAAGGCAUCGUCGUCGACUGGUUCCUGGCUGGGAACAAGAUGGAGGCCGGUGACCGGGUAAAGACUCAAGCAGAUGGGAGAAUUCACACUCUGACAGUUCGGGACGUGAAGCUGUCUGAGGCGGGUCAUGUCAGAUUGACAGCCAAGGAUUUCCAGGCUCAAGCUAAGCUCAUUGUCAGAGAACCUGCUGUGGAGUUCACUAAGCCUCUGGAGGACCAGACAGUGGAGGAGGAGGGCACCGCCACACUGGAGUGCGAGGUCUCCAGAGAGAACGCAGAAGUGCAAUGGUUCAAGCAGGGACAAGAGAUCCGCAAGACCAAGAAAUACGACAUCAUUGCUGAUGGUGUAAAGAGGACGCUGGUGAUCCACGACUGCAACCUGGAUGACAUCAAGACAUACACGUGUGACGCCAAGGACUUUAAGACUUCCUGCUUCCUUGAUGUCGCUCCGCCUCACGUGGAGUUUGUCAAGCCUCUGCAAGAUGUUGAGGUCAGAGAGAAGGACUCAGCCAAAUUUGAAUGCACAGUAUCCCGCGAGUCUGCUAAGGUUCGCUGGUUCAAGGACGGCAGCGAGAUAAGAAAAGGAAAGAAGUACGAGAUCAUGGCCAAAGGAGUUCAGAGGAUACUGAUCAUCCACAAGUCUGUGAUGGAUGAUGAGGCAGAAUAUGAAUGUGACGCCAGGACAUCGAAGAGCGCUGGCAUGCUGACUGUCAUUGAGGAGGCUCCCAAGUUCACCAAAAACCUGUCGAAUGUGGAGGGCACAGAGACAGACAGCGUUAAGAUGAUCUGUGAGGUGUCCAAGGCCGGGGCGGAGGUGACCUGGUACCAAGGAGACAGAGAGCUGCCAGAGGGCGGCCGCUACGAUCAGAUUGUGGAUGGACGUAAGCGGGUCCUGAUCAUCCAAGACUUGAGGAUGGAGGAUGCCGGCGAAUACAACUGCAGACUGAGCCCAAGUGUCAAGACAGCUGCUGUCCUAAAAUUGAAUGAACUUGCAGCUGAGUUCAUCGCCAGACCGCAGAACCAGGAAGUUGUGGAAGGGGAGAAUGCCGAGUUUGUCUGCUCAGUCUCCAAAGAAACCUAUGAUGUGAAAUGGUUCCAAGGGGAGCAGGAGGUUGAAAGUGGGGACAAAUACAAAAUUGUCAGUGACGGAAAGAGACGAGCUCUUGUUGUGAUGAACUGUGAGCUGAAGGAUGAGGGCAGCUAUGUGGUCCUCGUCGGUAGCAUUCGAGCCUCCGCUGAUCUUUUUGUCAUUGAAAAACUGAGGAUCAUUACACCCAUCAAAGACACUGAGGUGAAAGAGGGAAAGGAAAUCAUCUUCAACUGUGAGACAAACAUGGAGGGAGCAAAGGCUAAGUGGUUGAAGAACCAGGAGACCAUAUUUGAGAGCAGGAAAUACAUGGUGGCUCAGAGGGACAACGUCUUCUCCCUGAGGAUUCAGGACGCCAGCAAGGGUGACGAAGCCCAAUACACCAUCGCUGUGACCAAUCACAGAGGAGAGCAAGCAGAGUGCUCGGCCCAUGCAAAGGUCACAGAGGAGAAGGUUAAGUUCCUGGUGCCCAUUGAGGACAUCGAAACACAGGAAAAGAAUACCAUCGGUUUUGUGUGCAAGGUGAACCGACCCCAGGUGACCGUGAGGUGGCUAAAGGCUGGCCAGGAGGUGAUGCUCAGCAAACGCGUCAUCUACAGAAGCGAAGGCCUCAACCACAUGCUGACCAUCAAGGAUUGUAUCAUGGAGGAUGAGGGCGAGUAUUGCGCUGAAGUCGAAGAAGACAAGUGUGCUGCAGAAUUGAUCAUCAGUGAGGCGCCAACAGACUUCACCGCACAGCUCAAAGACCAGAUGGUCACUGAGUUUGAUGAUGCAGAGUUCACCUGCAAGUUGUCCAAAGAGAAGGCCACUGUCAAGUGGUUCAGAAAUGGCCGGGAAAUCCGAGAAGGGCCAAGAUAUCGCAUGGAGAGAGAAAGUAAGACAUGCAGACUAGUCGUCAAGGGCUGCAGACCGGAUGAUGAAUGUGAAUACUCUUGUGGCGUGGAAGAGAGGAGGAGCAGAGCAAGACUAUUUGUAGAAGAAAUCCCAGUGGAGAUCAUCAGACCGCCUCAGGACACCUUGGUGCCUCCUGGUUCAGAUGUGGUGUUUGAGGUGGAGCUCAACAAGGACAGAGUAGAGGUGAAGUGGAUGAGAAACAACAUGAUAAUCGUCCAGGGAGACAAAUACCAGAUGAUCAGCGAGGGUAAAGUUCACAGACUGCAGGUGUGUGAGCUCCGACCUCGAGACCAGGGCGAGUACAGGAUUGUUGCCAAAGACAAAGAUGCUCGGGCUAAAUUGGAGCUAGCAGCUCCUCCAAAGAUUAAAACCACAGACCAGAACCUGAUAACAGAUGCUGGCAAGCCCUUCACGAUUACUGUGCCCUAUGAUGCCUACCCUCGCGCAGACAUAGAGUGGUUUUUCAACAGUGUGAGCCUACCUGUCCAGAACAUAGACACGUCAGUAGACAUGACAGCAUACCGCCUUAAAAGCCCUAGCAAAGAUGACCAGGGCAAGUACAAGGUGGUCAUCAAGAAUAAGCAUGGAGAGGGAGAGGCCUGCAUUCACCUGGAAGUGAUUGAUGUGCCUGGACCUGUCAAGAACCUGCAAGUGACAGACACUGUUGACGGUGAGGUCAGUUUGGCUUGGGAGGAGCCUGAGAGUGAUGGUGGGAGCAAAAUCACAUCAUAUAUUGUGGAGAGGCGCGAUGUGAAGCGUAAAGGGUGGACAGUGGCAACAGAUCGUGCUGACGUGCCCGAGUACUGUGUUAGUGGCCUCCAAAAGGAUUCCUGGUACCUGUUCAGAGUCUGUGCCAGAAAUCGUGUUGGGAGUGGACCCCACGUUCUGACUGAAGAUGCUGCUCAGGCUAAGAAUAAAUUUGAUAUCCCUGAUGCUCCAGAGAAUGUAGCUGUUGCUGGGGUGAACAGAUUUGGUGCCACUAUCAUUUGGGAGCCUCCUAAAUUUGACGGUGGCUCAGAGAUCACUGGCUACGUGAUUGAGCUCCGUGACAGGACCUCCGUGAAGUGGGAGGCGUCUCUGUUUUGUGGAGCCAGCGAGCGCUUGGCUUGUCUUAAUGAUGUGGUAGAGAACAAGGAGUAUAUCUUCAGAGUGCGAGCUGAGAACAAGGCCGGUAUUGGAAAACCUAGUGCUGCCACCAAACCUGUCAAGAUUAUGGAUCCAAUUGAAAGGCCAAGCCCACCUCUCAACCUGAACUUCAAUGACCAAACCAAGGAGGGUGUCACGCUCACGUGGGAGACCCCUGCCAGCAAUGGUGGCAGCAUGAUCACUGGCUACAUCAUUGAGAAGUGCGAGGACAACGCAAACAAGUGGCUUCGCUGCAAUGCAAGGCUGUGUCCUGACCUCUGCUACCGGGUGGCUGGACUGAAACAUGGUUCCAAGUACCUUUACAGAGUUUGCGCUGAGAAUGCCGCAGGUAUCUCCGAUCCAGCCGAGCAACUCGGCCCACUGCUCGCAGACGAUCCUCAUGUCGGUCCAACCUUUGACCUGAGUGCCUUCAGGGAUGGCUUGGAAGUCAUUGUCCCUCAGCCUCUCACAAUCAGAGUUCCCAUCACUGGAUACCCGACCCCAGUUCCCAGAUGGACAUUUGCAAAGAAUGAGCUGACGUCAGCAGACAAGCGUGUCUCUAUGAUUACAAAGCCCUCGUACACCAGCCUAACAGUGAUGCCAAGUGUCCGUCCGGACAAAGGAACCUACGGUUUGCAGCUGGAAAAUGACAUGUCUUCCGUUUCUGGAGAGAUUGAUGUCAAUGUUAUCGCAUGCCCCAGCGCGCCAAAAGAUUUCAAGGUGGCCGAGGUGACCAGACACCAUGUCCACCUGAUGUGGGAGGCUCCUGAGCAUGAUGGAGGAAGUCCUGUCACGCAUUACCAGAUUGAGAAGAAAGAAUUGUCUCGUAAGACUUGGGCCAAGGUGGCCUCAGGAGUCCUGGACCUUGAGCAUACGGUGACAGAUGUAAUCGAAGGGAAGGAAUAUCUGUUCAGUGUUACUGCCUGCAAUAAAUGUGGACCAGGAGAGCCGGCUUACAUUGAUGAGCCUGUCAAUGUCUCUUCUCCUGCCACUGUACCUAAUCCUCCCGAGAACCUCAAGUGGCGUGAUAAGAGCAGCAAGUGCAUUUUCCUGUCCUGGGAACCUCCAAAGUAUGAUGGCGGCUCUCAGAUUAAAGGUUACGUGGUGGAUAAGUGUCAACGUGGAACUGACAAGUGGGAACCUUGCUCUGACCCUGUUCAAGAGCUGAAGUUUCAGGUGACCGGUCUGACUGAGGGGGAGUGGUAUGCCUACAGAGUCCGAGCUGUCAAUAAGUUAGGAACUAGUCGACCCUGCAGGGCUACUGACGAGGUCCAGGCUGUUGAUGCUAAAGAACCUCCAGAGAUUCAGCUGGAUGUGAAGCUGUUAGCUGGCCUCACUGCCAGAGCUGGCUGCAAAAUUGAACUACCUGCUGAUGUCAAAGGAAAGCCAGAUCCUCGCAUCAAAUGGACCAAGGCUGACCUGGUCCUGCGUUCCGAUGACCGCAUCGUCAUCGACACACAGCCAGGGCACUCCAAGUUGUCCAUUGCCAACACAACAAGAGGCGAUAGCGCCACCUACAUCAUUGAAGCUGUCAACACAUGUGGACGUGCGACUGCUACCGUCGACGUCAAUAUUCUUGACAAACCUGGCCCACCCGCUGCCUUUGACAUCUGUGAAAUCACCAACGAGUCUUGCCUCUUGGCUUGGAACCCUCCAAGGGAUGACGGUGGCUCACCUGUUACCAACUACAUCGUGGAGAAUCGCAAGAUUGACAAAGAGGAGUGGACAAAGCUCUCGACUACGGUUAAAAACACCACCUUCAAGGCGUGCAAGCUCACUGCUCAUAUGGAGUAUGUCUUCAGGAUCAGUGCUGAAAACCAGUAUGGUGUUGGAGAACCUGCUGAACACACACCAAUUACUGCAAAGUAUUCAUUUGAUCCUCCUGGCCCUCCAACCAGAGUCACUUGUUCGGACAUAGCCAAGGAUGCCGUGACUCUCAACUGGCUUGAACCAGACGAGGACGGUGGCAGUCCCAUUAGUGGUUAUUGGGUUGAGAGGUUUGAUCCCGACAGUGAUAAAUGGAAAAGAUGCAACAAACUCCCCAUCAGGGACAGCACCUUCAGGGUGAAAGGACUAACUACAAAGAAGAAGUACCGAUUCAGAAUUCUGGCUGACAAUCUGGCUGGAACUGGAAAACCAAGCACAGAAACAGAUUUAGUUCUCAUCAAAGACCCCAUUGAUCCUCCAUGGGCUCCUGGCAAACCUGUUAUCCGUGACAUUGGCAAGACCUCUGCUUUGCUCGCCUGGACAAGGCCCGAACACGAUGGUCGCGCUAAGAUUGAAGGCUACAUCAUUGAGUUGCAGAAAGCCGGAAGUGAUGAGUGGAUCCGCAUUGCUGAGAACAUUCCCCAGACUGAACAUCAGCUACAUGGCUUGAUGGAGAAACAGGAGUACACCUUCAGGGUCAAGGCUGUCAACAAGGCUGGCGAGAGCGAACCCAGCGAUCCUUGUGACCCUGUAGUCUGCAAGGAAAGACUCUACCCGCCGUCUGCACCUCAGUGGCUGGAUGUGGCCAACAUCACCAAGAUCAAUGCUGAUCUCAAAUGGCAGGUGCCAAGCAAUGACGGAGGCUCACCAAUCACCAACUAUGUGGUGGAGAAGAGGGACGUGCGGCGGAAGGCUUGGCAGACUGUCGACACCACCGUCAAGGAGCUCAAAUACACAGUGACACCGCUCAAUGAAGGCUCAUUGUAUGUGUUCCGUGUCGCUGCAGAAAAUGCAGUAGGCUUGGGUGAGUUCUGCGAGCUGGAAGAUGCUGUCCUUGCCAAAGACACAUUCACUACUCCUGGACCGCCGUAUGCAUUGAGCAUAGUGGAGGUCACCAAGAGACACGUGGAGCUGAAAUGGGAAGCUCCGAAGAGCCACGGUGGAAGGCCCAUCACCAAGUAUGUGAUAGAGAAAAAGGACAAACUGGGAACUCGUUGGUUGAAGUGCUGCAAGACUCCAGACAAACAAACUCAGUUCAAGGUUACUGAUGUGGACGAGGGUUCGGAGGUGCAGUUCCAAGUACGGGCAGAGAACGAGGCUGGAAUUGGAGAACCCAGUGAACCCACUGAAAUCCUAACCAUCGAGGAUCCGACCAGUGCACCCUCUCCCCCCUUGGAGGUGACUGUUCCGGAUAGUAGCAGGGAGCACAUCAAUGUGUCGUGGAAGCCACCAGCCAAGGACGGUGGUUCCCCAAUUACCGGCUACCACGUGGAGGUGGCCGAGGCUCGUCCGGAGCUGAAGUGGCUCAGGGUCAACAAUAGACCGAUCAAAGACCUCAAGUUUAGGAUCGAUGAUGGAAUCAAACCAGAGAAGAAGUAUGUGAUCAGGGUCCGUGCCGUUAAUGCCAUCGGUGUAAGCAAUCCCUCUGACAUGUCCGACAAGGUCUUUACCAAAGAUCCAGACUGUGCCCCAACAAUAGAAUUGGAUACAAAGGAUGUGGUGGUGAUCGAGGGAGAGAAGCUGCACCUGAAAGUUCCGUACAAGGGUAUUCCGACGCCACAGAUUGUAUGGCAGAAGGACACAGUGGAAUGCAAGAAAGACGAGCGGCUGUCCAUGGCAGUGGAGCUGAACAGCGUUCACCUGGAGCUGCUCAGAUGCACACAUUCAGAUGCUGGUGUCUACGCCAUCACUCUCAACAACACUCUCGGGACCGCUAGUGGAAACAUCAAUGUCAAAGUUAUCGGGCUCCCUGGUCAGUGUAAAGACAUCCACUCCAGUGAUGCCACAAAGAACUCCUGCAAGAUCAGCUGGGAAGCACCCAAGGAUGACGGCGGGACGCCAGUUCUUAGUUACGUGCUGGAACGUCGCGAGGCCUCCAAGAAGACCUACAUGCCUGUCAUGUCAGGAGAGAAUGUUCUGGACUGCAUGGUCAAAGAUCUGUAUGUUAACUGCGAGUACUAUUUCCGGGUCAAAGCUGUUAACAAGGUGGGUGCUGGAGUAUAUUUGGAGUUGCGAAACCCUGUCAUCACAGAGGAGCUCAAGCAGAAACCAGAUCCACCGAUCCUCGUGGAAGCCAAAGAGCCAACAUCCAAAUCCAUUACCUUAUCUUGGAAAGCUCCCGACUAUGAUGGUGGCUGUCCCAUUGAAGGCUACAUCGUGGAGAAGAUUGAGAAGGACGGCGACCGCUACGAGAGGGUUACCCCAAGCUUGGUCCCCGGUCUCUCCUAUGUGGUGACAGGCCUAAAGGAGGACAUGGAAUAUCAAUUCAGGGUCCGAGCCGAGAACGCUGCUGGCAUCAGUGAACCGUCUCGAAGCACGCUACCUAUUAGGGCUGCUGACCCCGUCGAAAAACCUACGGUCACCCUACAUGCCCAUGUGCAGUCUGGUUUGUGUAUUAAGAAGGGUGAAGAGAUUCGCAUUGAUGCGAACAUUUCAGGCUCGCCUUAUCCCAAGGUCACCUGGAUGAGGAACAACGAAGAUGUCACCAAAGAGCCCACCAAGAAGGUAUUACCGCUGGUUAAGAAGAAGAAGACCAGGGCGAAGGUUUCCGAACCCAAGGAAGAGUUUGUGACGCCACUGCGUGAGCGCCUUGGUUUGGACCAGACAAGGAAGGGUCACUCUGCACUGAUGAUCCGAGAGGCGAUUAGAGGAGACCACGGCGACUUUAGCAUCCGGGUCGAAAACAUUCACGGAGCUGCCACCGCCUCCUGUGUCGUCAACGUCCUCGACAAACCCGGUCCGCCCGUCAACUUUACCUUUAAUGACAUCAGGAACACCUCAGUGGUGUGCAACUGGGAGCCUCCUGAGGAUGAUGGUGGCAGUGACAUUCUGAACUAUAUCCUGGAGAAAAAAGAUAACAAGAAAGAUGACAUUGGCUGGAUAACCAUUACCUCCACGUUAAAGGGUACCAGUUUCCCUGUCACGAAGCUGAUAGAAGGGAAGGAGUACAUCUUCAGAGUCACUGCUGAGAACAAAUUUGGGUGCGGCCCGCCAUUCAUCUCUGAACCCUUGGUUGCCAAGAACCAGUUUGAUCCUCCCGACGCACCCAACACUCCAAGAGUUCAUGAAGUGACGGCAAGCUCCGCUCACAUCUCUUGGCAUGAGCCCAAGGACAAUGGCAGUCCUAUUCUAGGAUACUGGAUUGAGAGGAAGGAAGUGAACAGCAAGCAUUGGACUCGUGUCAACCGCGUUCUCCUCAACUCUCUAGAGGUGAAAGCUUGCGGCCUGAUGGAAGGACUCACAUACAUCUUCAGGGUGUGUGCCGAGAACCUGGCUGGGCCCGGACCUUUCAGUGAGCCCACGGAUCGCGUUGUUGCUAUGGAUGCCAUCUUGCCUCCUGGUCCCCCAACACCAUGGAUCGUGGAUACCGGGAAAGAUUCGGUCAUCGUGGCGUGGAAGCCGCCUUUAUACAACGGAGGAGGGGACAUCCUGGGCUACCACGUUGAGAAGGUGGUGGCUGGGGAGAAGAGCUGGACUCGCAGCACAGAGUUCAGGUGCAAGGAGCUGACUUACAACGUCACAGGUCUGACCGAAGGAACCGAUUACUACAUUAGGGUCAUUGCCGUGAACGAUGCAGGUCCAGGGGCUCCCGGAGUCACAGAACCUGUUACUGUUAAGGAGCCUCAAGAACCUCCCGCUGUUGACUUUGACGUCUCUGUGAAGAAUGGAGUCACGAUCAAGGCCGGCGAGUCACUGAGGCUCCCUGCCGUGGUGAUUGGCCGCCCACAGCCUGAGGUCAAGUGGGCCAAAGAUGAUGCUGAAAUUGAGAAGGAGAGAAUGAUUGUGGAGACCCACGGCAAGAACAGCAGUCUCUUCAUCAAGAAGGCAGUAAGGGCGGAUCAUGGCAAGUACCAGAUUUCAGGCACCAACAGCAGCGGGACAAAGGCUGCUGAAGCCAAAGUGGAAGUCAUGGACGUCCCGGGCCCUGUCAUUGACUUGAAGACUGUGACCGUGACCAAGAAGAACAUCACCCUUACCUGGUCUGAUCCGCUGGACAAUGGUGGCAGUGACAUAAUCGGCUAUGAGGUCCAGAGAAAGGAUGCCAAGAUGAAGCUCUUCCGUCAACCCAUUGAGGUGGCGUCCUGCAAAUGUGAUGUCCAGGGACUGCUGGCAGGCGAGGAAUACGACUUUAGGGUCAUUGCACGAAAUAAGUACGGAGAUGGAACUCCAGCAGAUCUUGGGCCCAUUCUUGCUGAAGACCCCAAAGGUACACCGUCUGCUCCUGAGAAGCUGCAUUACACUGAUAGAAGCAAGAACACCAUCACCCUCGCUUGGCAGCCACCCCGCAGCGACGGUGGCAGCCCCAUAAUCGGUUACUACGUGGAGAAGAUGCGGUCUGACAGCAACGAGUUUGAAGUGGCUAACCGCAAAAUCUUUAGAAAGUGCUGUGGUAUAAUUGAGAACUUGUCAGAGAACCAGGAAUACGAGUUCCGAGUCAAAGCUGUGAAUGAGGUUGGGGAUGGAGGUCCGUCCAAGCCAAUCACAGCCAAGAUUCAGGACGAUGAAAUUCCACCAAUUAUUACAAUUCUGAAGUACUUCAAGAGUAAUGCUAUCAUUGUGAAGAAAGGCUCUGCCAUUGAGAUUCCAGCUGAGGUAAGAGGACUUCCUCUUCCGUCAAUCACUUGGAUGAAGGACGAUGAGUUGUUGGACAAAUGUGACAAAGAGAAGAUGACAGUGGAAACUGAAGAGGUCAACCGCACAACACUGAGAACAAUGAUUUCCAUGCCAGAGACCAUCAGACAGGACAAAGGCAAUUACAAACUUGUGGCUGAAAACUGCUAUGGCAAAUCUCAGCACGUCAUUCGUGUGGAAAUCCUUGACCGCCCUCUUCCCCCAAGGAACAUUGUGGUCUCUGACAUUAAGGUGGACUCAUGCUAUUUGACCUGGGAUGCCCCAGAAGACAACGGAGGCAGUGAGAUCACCAACUAUGUGGUUGAGAGCAGGGAUGCUGCCAAGAAGAAAUCGGACUUUGAGCCAGUGACCUCUAACCUCAUUGAUCGUCGAUAUGGGGUCUACAAACUGAAUUUGAAUGGUAACUACCAGUUUAGAAUCAGAGCAGAGAACAAAUACGGACUCAGUGACGGGUGUGACUCAGAGAAAGUAGAACUUAAGGAUCCAUUUGGCCUCCCUGGGCCACCACGCAACCCCAAGAUCAUUGCUGCCACAUCAAACACAAUGACUCUGACCUGGGAUCCUCCCCUAGACAACGGCGGUUCCACCAUUCAAGGUUACUGGCUAGAGAAGAGGGAACGUGGAGCUGUGUACUGGGGGCGUGUUAAUCGGUCCCCAGUCACCAAACCAGCAGUGAAGGCUCUGCAGUACACUGUACUCAAGCUCAUCGAAGGAACAGAAUACCAGUUUAGGGUAGCGGCGAGCAAUGCUGCAGGGGUCGGGCCACCCAGCGAGUCCACAGAGUGCCGCUUCACUGUGGAUCCAUGCAACCCUCCGAGUGCACCUGGAUCCCCUGAGGUCAAAGACAAGACCAAGAAUAGCAUUACACUCAGGUGGAGUCCCCCAGACAGGGACGGUGGCAGCCCUGUCAAGGGUUACAUCAUUGAGGUACAUGACGAAGGGUCCCUUGAUUGGAGAAGGGUGAAUCCUGCUGACAAACUCCACCCAUCCACUGAGAUAAUGAUCCCUGACCUUAAAGAGGGCAAGAAAUGCAAGUUCAGGAUCUACGCUGUGAACGCUGCAGGCAAUUCUGAGCCUGCGAAGACUGCUGAUAUCCUGGUUCAGGACAUCCUUGUUGAGCCGAUAAUUUCUCUGGAUGUGAGCGCACAUGAGCUGCUGAACUGCCGGGCUGAAACCACCAUAAAGAUCCCUGCCACCAUCACUGGGCGCCCAGUGCCGAAAGUCACCUGGACCUUUGAAGGAACAGCUGAGACUGAGAGGAAAAAUGAACUUCACACACUUCCUAUUGACUCAGAGAUACACUCCACUGACACAACCUCCACGGUCAUCAUUCCUGAGAGCAAAAUGAACCACAGUGGCCGCUACGUCAUCAAUGCAGAGAGCCCCGCUGGACACAAAGUAGUCAAAGUGCGAGUCAACGUCCUCGACCUUCCGGGUCCUCCCCGAGACCUGAAAGUGAGCGACAUCACCAGAGGUACUUGCCGGCUUACCUGGAAACCACCAGAGAGUGAUGGAGGAGAGAGGGUGAAGAGUUACUUCAUUGAGAAGAAGACUGUGGUGGGCAAAGCCUGGACAAAGGUGAAUCCAUCCUGUGCUGCGCAGUCUUUGGUGGUUCCAGACUUGAUUGAAGGUCAAGAUUACCUAUUCCGCAUUCGUGCUGAGAAUCGAUUUGGUUUUGGACCAUGCGCGGAAACCACUGAGGGAACUGCAGCCAGAGAUCCCAUCCAUCCUCCAGAUCCUCCAACCAGGCUUAAGAUCGAGAGUGUGAGGAAGGGCACAGUGACCCUCACAUGGAAGGCUCCCAAAAAUGAUGGUGGAUCACCCGUCACACACUAUAGUGUUGACCUGCUCUGCUGGGAUGCCAGUGGCACCCAGAAAGAGUCUUGGAGAAGGUGUAACAGAAGAGACAUUGAUAUCACACGCUUUAAAGUGGAUGACCUGACUGAAGGAGAGGAGUAUGAGUUCAGAGUGGUUGCUUACAACCAGGCUGGACCCAGCCGACCAUCUUCCACUGCUGGGCCACUUGUCAUUCAGGAGCAGACCUGCGCUCCUUCGAUUGAACUGAAGGAGUUCAUGGAAGCUGAGCAAGGCAGUGACAUCAGCAUUGUGGCCAGGAUACGUGGCUGCCCAUUCCCCACACUCACUUGGUACAAGGCCCCACCUCACAAGUCUGACAAUAAGGUGGAGGUCGGCUACGAUGAGCACAUCAACAAGAUGGUGUCAGACGACAGCUGCACACUAUUGAUCCAGCAGGGCAAACGUCCUGACACUGGCCUUUACACGCUUGUGGCAUCCAACAGCUUGGGCAAAGCGUCCAAGGAGAUGAGGCUCAAUGUGCUAGGUCGUCCUGGUCCUCCCUCUGCUCCCAUUAAGUUUGAGGAAAUCGGGGCUGAGAGGAUCACUCUCUCCUGGCUGCCACCAAAGGAUGAUGGAGGCUCCAAAGUUACCAAUUAUGUCAUCUGGAGGCGCGUGGCCAACAGGAAGACCUGGGUCCCUGUAACCAGUGAACCCAGAGAACGCGUCUGGACAGUGGAGAACCUGAUGGAGGGCCAUGAGUAUGUUUUCCGCAUUAUGGCCCAGAACAAGUAUGGAGUCGGCGAAGCUCUAGACAGUGAUCCAGAGGUGGCCAGAAAUCUCUACACUGUCCCUGGUCAAUGUGAGAAGCCAACCGUGUCCAGCAUCACCCUGGACUCCAUGACUGUGAAUUGGGAGGAGCCAGAGGAUGAUGGUGGCAGCCCAAUCACAGGUUACUGGUUGGAACGCAAGGAGACCACAGGGAAACGCUGGGCACGUGUCACCCGUGACCCUAUCCGUCCCAUGGGCCUCGGUGAAUCAUUUCCAGUAAGCGGCCUCAUUGAGGGUUCUGAGUAUCUUUUCAGAGUUACAGCCAUCAACGCUGCAGGACCUGGACUCCCCAGCGCCCCGACUGAGCCCAUCUUUGCCAGAGAUCCCAUCUCUCCACCCUCUCCUCCAACGCCAAAGGUUUCUGAUUGGACAAGGUCCACUGUGGACCUUGAGUGGAUACCCCCACUGAAGGAUGGUGGCUCCAAAAUUAUCGGUUACUGGGUGGAGUUUCAAGAGGCAGGCACUGAAGCCUGGAUAAAGGCCAAGGACACUGAAAUCCGUGGCACCCGCUUUGUGAUUGCUGGUCUUAAGGCUGGCGGUCAGUACAGGAUAAGGGUCAUGGCUUUCAACCUUGCUGGUAUUAGUGAACCAGGCGAAGUGCCUGAGGUGCUGGAGCUUAACGACAGAAUCGUUGCCCCUGACGUUGAUCUGGAUGCCUCGGUGAAGGAAAGGAUGGUUGUCCACGCCGGAGGGGUGAUCCGGAUCAUCUGUUAUGUGUCAGGUCAGCCAUCACCACAAGUUACCUGGAGCAGGGACACAGUGGCACUUCCUCCUGAAGCCAAGGUGGAGACAACAGCCAUCAGCUCAUCUUUGGUAAUCAAAGCAUGUACCAGAAAGCAUCUCGGCAUCUAUACGGUGACUGCCAAGAAUUCUGCAGGGGAGAAAAAGAAAAAUAUCACCGUGGAAGUGUUGGACGUUCCUGGGCCUGUUGGCAUCCCAAUGACUGCUGAGAACUUGAGCAACGAUUGCUGCAAGAUCAACUGGUACUUUCCAGAGAACGACGGCGGCUCUCCCAUCAGCAACUACGUGAUUGAAAAGCGUGAAGCAGAGCGACAGGCUUGGACCUCACUCUCAUUCACCGCCAGCAGACAAAACGCUGUGGCGACCGGCCUCACCUCGGGCAAGGCUUACUUCUUCAGAGUUGCUGCUGAGAAUGCCAUUGGCAUUGGACCCUUCAUGGAGACAGCAACUGAGCUCAUUAUCAAGGAACCGUUGAGUGUGCCCAACCGACCCGAGGAUCUUGAGGUGACCAAGGUCACCAAAGAUUUGAUCAACGUGACAUGGAAAGCACCCAAGUUUGAUGGUGGCGCUGAGAUUAUUAUGUAUAUCCUGGAGGCUCGGAUGAUUGGCAAAGACAAGUUCACUCGAUUGACCAAGGAGAAGCUGAUGGAGAGAAAGUACACUUUUGAUGGUCUAAGGGAGGGGGACACCUACGAGUUCCGGGUUAUUGCUGUCAACGAGGUUGGGCCGAGUAAACCAUCAUUCUGCUCCAAACCAGUCACCUGCAAGGAUGAACUUGAGCCUCCAACUAUCGAGUUGGACUUCCGCGACAAGCUCAUUGUCCGAGUCAAUGAGAGCUUCCUGCUGCAGGGUCGCUACACUGGCAAGCCUUCCCCGUCCAUCGUGUGGUACCAAGAUGAUGAGGAGCUGAAGGCCGACAAGCACAUUAUGUUCAAGAACACGCUCACCACAAUGUCACUGGGUGUGAUGAAGGCGCAGCGCCGCCAUAGUGGCCGAUAUGUGGUGGUGGUGGAGAACAGCACCGGGUCCAGGAAGGGAGUCUGCAACGUCACAGUUGUCGAUCGUCCAUCUCCUCCUGUGGGUCCGGUUGUCUUUGAAGAGGUGCACCGUGACUACAUGGUGAUCUGUUGGAAACCUCCUCUGGACAGUGGGGGUGUUGAGAUCUCCAACUACAUCAUUGAGAAGAGAGACACAAAUAGGGACAUGUGGACCACUGUCACAUCAGCAAACAGCAAGACCACAUGCAAGAUCCCCAAACUGACAGAGGGCAGAGAGUAUAUCAUUCGGAUAUCCGCUGAGAACAUGUACGGCAUCAGUGAUCCACUGGACUCUGAGGAGAUGAGAGCCAAAGAUCUUUUCAGAGUUCCUGAAGCCCCUGAGAUGCCAACUGUCAGAGAGGUGUACGCCACUAACGUACUUGUGCUCUGGAACCGGCCCCGUGAUGGAGGAAAACCCAUCACAAACUAUAUCCUGGAGAAGAAAGAGCUCUCUGCCAAGAGGUGGUCAAGGGCCACAAGAGAACCCUUGUACCCUGCCACUCAGUAUAGAGUCCAGGACCUGUUGGAGGGCUGUGAAUAUGAAUUCCGUGUGAUGGCUGAAAAUGAGCUGGGAACUGGAGACCCAAGUGUCCCCUCAAAGCCCAUCCUUGCCAAAGAUCCCAUCGUGAAACCCAGUCCUCCAGUGACCCCUGAGGCUUAUGACAAAACAAAAGACUCUGUCAGUCUCAAGUGGCAGAUGCCUCGCCAUGACGGAAAAGGACGGAUAUUCGGCUAUCUUGUGGAAUACCAGAAGCCGGGUUCGAUCGAGUGGAGUCAGGCUAAUGAGCAUCCAGAGCAGUGCCCUGACCUACACUAUGUAGUGACAGGCCUAGAUGAUGGCCAAGAGUAUGCUUUCAGGAUCUACACUGUUAAUGCCGCAGGCAAAUCUGACCCAGCCUAUGUCAAACAAACCAUCAAGGUCCAUGACAGACUAGAAGCGCCAGAGUUGCUGUUGGAUGCCAACAUGGCACGGGACCACCUGGCUAUGCUGGGCACUGACAUCACCUUGAGUGCCACAUUCAAGGGUGUCCCCACACCCACUGUCAGCUGGAAGAAAAAUGAUAGCGAAAUGCCUGCUCACAUCGCUGUCGCUGUUACAUCCACUGGCAGCAAAGUCUUAAUCCCCAAGUGUGUCCGUCCGGACUCUGGCAAUUACACUCUCACAGUGGAAAAUGCUGCCGGGAAGAAAACGGCCACAGUUGCCGUUUUGGUUCUGAACAAACCAACACCUCCGAGAGACCUGGCGGUCUCUGAUGUGACAAGUGAGUCUGCCUACCUAACGUGGAAAGCUCCGGAGGACAACGGUGGUGCCGUUAUCUCUCAUUAUGUUGUGGAGAAGAAGGAUGUGGCUGCUGAGCAGUGGGUCCCAGUCUCUGCAGCCAAUAAGAAGAGGAGUUUGAUGGCCAUGUAUCUGAUGGAAGGAAUCCAGUACCUGUUUAGAGUAGCAGCAGAAAACCAGUUUGGCAGGAGUGACUACGUGAUAACAAAGACACCCAUCAAGGCAGUUGAUCCUCUCUAUCCGCCUGGCCCUCCAAAGAAUCUACACCACACUGAUGCAGACAAGACAGAGGUGUGGUUAGAAUGGGAAUGGCCUGAUCGUACCGGUGGAAGUGAAAUCACUGGCUUCAUAAUUGAGUACCAGGAAGAGAACCAGGUGGACUGGGUUCCCUUUAAGACCGUCAGUAGUAAUCACGCACAUGUCAAUGGUUUGGAAGAAGGCAAGACCUACCGCUUCCGAGCAAUGGCUCAGAAUGCCAUUGGCCUGAGCCGUCCUGACACCAGCAUCCCAGUUACCUGUCAGGAAAAGACAUUGCCACCCACUAUUGAAGUUGACGUGAAGCUGAUUGAGGGUAUUGCUGUUAAGGCAGGUAGCACGAUUAUCCUGCCUGCCAAGAUGAAGGGGAUCCCUAUCCCCUCUGCCAAGUGGAUGACAGAUGGGAAGGAAAUUCCAUCAGAAGGUCACUAUAACAUUGAAUCAUCAGGACCCAGCACUACCCUCAUCAUACCAAAGUGCAAGAGAGAAGACACUGGGGAGUACAUCCUCACUGUAUGCAACCCUGUAGGCAGCAAAACAGUUGCUCUACAUGUCACUGUGCUCGAUCUUCCCGGAGCACCCAUUGGACCUAUCAACAUCUUAGAAGUAACCCCUGAUCACAUGAUGAUACAAUGGAGGCCACCCAAGGAUGAUGGUGGUACACCCAUCACAAACUAUGUGGUUGAAAAGAAGGAUGUGAAGAAGCCAUGGGAGCCGUGGUCAGUUGUGAGCUCCAGUGGCAUCAGCACCAAAGCCAAGGUGUCACGCUUGGAGAAAGGUCGUGAGUACAUCGUACGUAUUCGCGCAGAGAACAAGAUUGGAAUUGGUGCUGGGCUUGAGAGUCCUCCAACUAUUGCCAAGCACAUGUUCAACCCUCCCGGUCCACCAGGCCUCCCAGUGUGCUCUGAUAUUACAGAGAAUGCUGUGACAGUGGAAUGGUCACUACCCGACUACGAUGGAGGUAGUCCUAUCAGUGGCUAUGUUAUUGAACGCCGAGAGAUGACGGGGAAAUGGAUCCGUGUGAACAAAACUCCCGUGUUGGACCUCAGAUACAGAGUUUCGGGUCUAUUUGAAGGCAACAGCUAUGAGUUCAGAGUCUUUGCUGAGAACAUUGCUGGUGUUAGCCAACCAUCCCUCACCUCUGAUCCCAUCAAGGCCACCCGGCCCAUCACCAAGCCAGGACCUCCUGGAAAUCCUAAACUAAAGGACUGGAGCAAGUCUUAUGCAGAUAUCUGCUGGGUCAAACCGACAAGAGAUGGUGGCAGUCCUAUCUUGGGCUAUGUAGUAGAGAUUCAAAAGUCAGGAUCCGCUCAGUGGGACAGGAUCAAUAAGGAAGUCAUCAAGAUGUGUGCCUACAGAGUACAAGGUCUCAUUGAAGGUAUGGAAUACAGGGUCCGUAUCAGAGCCACAAACAAGGUUGGAGAGAGUGAACCCAGGGAACUGAGUGAGAUCAUCUUGGCAAAGGAUAUUCUCGUUCCUCCAGAGGUUGUUGUUGAUGUAUCAUGCCGCGACUCUCUGACUGUCAGGGUUGGCCAGAUAAUCAGUUUGAGCACCAGAGUUAAGGGCAGACCUGACCCAGAGAUCACAUGGACCAAGGAUGCCAGAGCCUUGUCUCGGGACAAGCGCACUCAGCUGAAUAACCACUAUCCUUUGUGUGAAUUGGUCAUCAAUGAUGCAAUCAGAACAGACUAUGGCAAAUACUCAAUUGUUGCUAAGAACAGCAGUGGGCAGUCACAGGCCACUAUUAUUGUCAAUGUCCUGGAUACACCCGGAGCUUGCCAGAAUAUAAAGGUGGCUUACGUGACCAAGAACUCUUGCAUGGUGUCUUGGGAGAACCCAGAGGACAAUGGUGGCACAGAGAUCACCCAGUACAGUAUUGAGUGUCGUCAACCGAGCCAGAGAGGAUGGACGGUGAUUUCGAAUGACUGUACAAAGCGACUGAUGAAGGCCCCUCUCUCGGAAGGUUGUGAGUACUUUUUCCGUGUUAGUGCUGAAAACAAGAUCGGUGUUGGACCGCCCGUCGAGACCAAGACAGCGGUGCUGGCAGUUGACCCCAUCGAGAAACCGGGAGAACCAAUUGACUUCCAUAUAUCGGAGAUUGGAAAGACCUUCUGCUUCCUCAAGUGGAAGAAGCCCGACUAUGAUGGAGGCAGUCGCAACCUGGGUUACCACGUAGAGAAGAAGCCAAAAGUGGCCGAGGAGUGGGAAAGACUUCAUAAGGGAGCGAUCAAAGAGACUUACUUUAUGGCUGAUAGAUGCAUUGAAAAUCAGGUCUAUCAGUUCAGAGUUCAGACAAAAAAUGACGGUGGUGAAAGCAAAUGGGUGACCACAGCUGAAGUCCUGGUUAAGGAGCAGCUUGUAGAACCAGAAAUCAAGAUAAAACUAGAUGGAAUCCUUGUGGUAAAGGCAGGGGACUCAAUCCCCAUUGAGGCAAUGGUCAAGGGCAAACCCCAGCCUGAUGUCAAAUGGACUAAAGAUGAUAGCAUUGAAGAGAUCAAAAAGAGUCCCAGGCUUCAGAUCGAAACUGGUGCUGACUUCUCAAAGUUAUUUAUUACUUCUGCAGGGCGUAUGGACAGUGGCAAAUAUGUUGUCAGUGCCUCCAACAGUGCAGGAACAUCCUCAGCACAUGCCAAGGUCAACGUAUUAGACAAACCUGGUCCGGUGAGUGAUCUCAAGGUAUCCGGGGUCACCAUAGACAGGUGCCAUUUGGCCUGGAAAAUCCCAGAGGACGACGGAGGCUGUGAGAUCUACAACUACAUCAUUGAGAAAUGUGACACCAAGAGGGGUGUGUGGGCUGUCUAUUCAAAUGCCGUCAUCACCAACAAGGCCAACGUGACUCGUCUUAUUGAGGGAAAUGAAUAUAUCUUCAGAGUUCGUGCCGAGAAUAAGAUGGGUCCUGGCCCUGGAGUGGAGAGUGAGCCUAUAGUCGCUGGCACAAAGUUCAAUGUCCCAGGUGCACCUGAAGCACCAGAGGUCACUAAAAUCUCUAAGGAGGAGAUGACUGUUCAGUGGUCAGAGCCUGACACAGAUGGUGGAAAACCAAUCACUGGUUACCUUUUGGAAAAGAAGGAGGAGCAUGCUGUAAGAUGGUCCACCAUUAACAAAGAGGCAAUGCCAACAACUCACUUCAACGUAACGGGAUUGCUACCACUCCAUGAAUACCAAUACAGAGUGAAAGCUGUCAAUGAAAUUGGUGUGGGCAGUGCAAGCAAACCCUCACGUGCUUUCGCAGCUAAGGAUUCACUUGAGCCUCCUGCACCACCCACCAACAUGAAGGUUCUGGACAGCACCAAGUCCACUGUAACUCUCGGCUGGACUAAGCCCGUAUCUGAUGGCGGAGCACCCAUAAUCGGCUAUGUUGUUGAGAUGAGGGUAAAGGGAAGUGGCAAGAAAGGGGAUGACAGCUGGAAACGCUGCAAUGUGGCUGCUCAGCUUGUCUUUUGCGAGUUCACUGUCACGAGCCUGGAUGAGAUGCUUAUGUAUGACUUUAGAGUGUCAGCUCAGAAUCAGGUUGGCAUGAGCCUGCCCUGUAACCUGGAGACAUCUGUGAAUCCAAAGGAGAUACUUGAGGCACCAGAGAUCGACUUAGAUGUCAAUUUGAAACGGGGACUGACAGUGAGAGCUGGUUGUCCCAUUAGACUAUGUGCUACCAUCAGAGGUAGACCACCUCCCAAAGUCAUUUGGAGGAGGAUGGGUGUUGAUAAUGUAGUCAGGAAGGGUCAUGUGGACAUUAUCGACACCAUGACCUUCUUGGUCAUUCCUGAUAGCACCCGCAAUGACUCUGGCAAAUACUGCCUGACUGUGCAGAGUCCUGCUGGAGAAAAGGCUGUGUUUGUCAACGUGAAGGUCCUCGAUACCCCAGGACCUGUGAUGAAUCUAGAAGCCUCUGAAAUCAAACAGACCUCAGCAAUGCUGUCUUGGAGCCCCCCAGAGAUUGACGGGGGUAGUGCGAUCACCCACUAUAUCAUCGAAAAGCGUGACAUUGAUCGCAAGACGUGGGCAACAGUCAAGGCAGGAGUUGAGAAGGACAAGAUACCCUUCAAGGUCAACGGUCUCAUGCCAGGCACAGAGUACUACUUCAGAGUGACUGCUGUCAAUGAGUAUGGCUCAGGAGUUCCCAGGGUGUCUCCCACUUCAUACCUAGCCUCUGAUCCUGUCAGCAAACCUGAUCCUUGUGAGAAAAUGGAAAUUCUGGAGGUAACAAAGAACAGUGCCACAGUUGGCUGGGUGAAGCCUGCGAGGGAUGGCGGGGCCAAGAUUGAUGGUUACGUGAUUGAGUACACUGAAGUUAAACCUGCUCCCCAACCUCCAGCACCGGUGGAGGUCCAAGAAGGGGUGAAAGCUGCACCACCAAUUCCAUCACCUCCAGUAGUGCAGGAGGAGGCUGAAGAGCCCAAGAAGGAAGUGUGGAAUGCCUACACCACUGUUAAGGGUUUGAGCAUCAACAUCAGUGGCCUGAAAGAGGGGAAAAUGUACAAGUUCAGAGUGGCUGCCAAGAACAUCAUGGGUUUGAGCUUGUUCACAGAGACCAGAGAGCCGAUCGAGAUCAAGGAACAGAUGUUGGAGCCCAAGAUUGUAAUGCCAGACACCGUUAGUGAAAGAGCUGGAGCCAAACUCAGGGUAGAGGCUGUCAUUUGUGGAAAACCUUCUCCAACCUGCAAGUGGAUGUGUGGUGAUGUACCACUGGUUUCUUCAAGUCGUCUGGCGGUGCACCAGUCUGGCAAUUUGUGUGUCUUGAUCAUAAAAGAUGUCUCAAGGACAGACAGUGGAGAAUACAGCCUUGUGGCUGAAAACAGCUCCGCAAAGGUGGUCCAAGCUCUGAAGAUCAUCAUCAGAGAUAUCCCCGGACCUCCCGGGAGUCCUGUAGAGAUCACUGACAUUGACUCAGAUGCCUGCUCUCUCUCCUGGUGCCAGCCUCUGGAGGAUGGAGGCAGCAAAAUCACAAAUUACAUCGUGGAGAAAUGCGAUGUCAGUAGAGGUGACUGGGUGAACGCAGUUUCCUCCUGCCAGAAAACAAGCUGCAGGCUGGGCAAACUCAUUCCAGGGAAGGAGUAUGUUUUCCGCAUUCGUGCUGAGAACCGCUACGGCGUGUCAGAGCCCAUCCAGUCUGACAGGAUGAUUGCCAAGUUCCCCUUUGAUGUUCCCAGUGAACCUCUGAACUGUCACAUCAAUAAGAUCAACAAGGACUGCAUGUUUGUGGCAUGGGACAAGCCAGAGAGCGACGGUGGCAGCCCCAUCAUAGGUUACUACAUCGAGCGUAAAGAAAGAAACAGCCUACUUUGGGUGAAGGCCAACGACACUGUUGUACGUACCGUUGAGUACCCUUGCGCCGGCCUGAUUGAGGGUCUGGAGUACACGUUUAGGGUAUCUGCCAUUAACCGGGCUGGGCAGGGCAAGCCAAGCAAGAAGACUGACUUUGUGACAGCGAGAACACCCAUUGAUACACCUGGAAAACCAGAAGUCCUGGAUAUGACCAAAAACUCGGUAACUCUUGUAUGGAUCCGGCCCAAGAACGAUGGCGGCAGCAAGAUCAUCGGCUACUACGUAGAGGCUAUCCGAGUGCCUGGGGACGUAUGGGUGCGCUGUAACACCGUUUGCCAGAAUGUCCCAAGGGAGGAGUACACUGUGACUGGCCUAGAGCGAGACCUGAAGUAUCAAUUCAGAGUCAUUGCCAAAACAGCUGUCAACAUGAGCAAACCCUCAGAGCCCACAGAUGCAAUCUUGGUCUGUGCCGAGAAUGUUCCUCCAAUGGUAGAACUUAGCAACAGAAUGCAGAAGGGUUUAAAGGUAAAGGCCGGAACACCGAUUCUCCUAGAGGCUGAGGUCUUUGGUAAACCAAUGCCGAGAGUCACGUGGAAGAGAGGUGAUGAGAGCCUGAGGUCAAGUGAAGGCCAGGUCAUAACGCAACAGAGACAUCACUUCCAACUGGAGAUGACCUCAGUCACCAAGGAUCACACUGGAGUCUACACUAUCCUUGCAGAAAAUGCCAGUGGCUCCAAGACCGCUGACAUUCAUGUCACCAUUUUGGAUGUGCCUGGUCCACCUGCCAGUUCCAAAUACCUUGAAGUGUUUGCCAACAACAUGAAGUUGUCGUGGGAGCCACCAGUGAAGGACGGUGGAGCCCCCAUUACUAACUAUGUUUUGGACAAGCGUGAGACCAGCCGGGCCAACUGGGCGCAGGUUUCCUCAAAGAUCAAAAAUCUUGAAUUAAAUGUGGACAAGCUGAUCGAGGGUCACGAAUACCAGUUCCGUAUCCGUGCUGAGAACACGUGGGGAGUCGGAGACAGUCUCAUUACUGCCCCAGUCAUCGCCAAGAACCCAUUCACUGUCCCUGGCCCGUGUGAGGCCCCAGUCAUCACCAAUGUCACCAAGGAUGCUAUGACAGUGAGCUGGAAGGAGCCCACUGACGAUGGAAAGUCAAUCAUUCUGGGUUACAUGUUGGAGAAGAAGGAAACUAUGGAGAUGAAAUGGACCAAGGUGAACAGGAAGCCCUUAAUGGAAAGGACCUUUGAUGUCUUUGGCCUUACUGAGGGAGUCGAAUAUGAAUUCAGAGUUAUUGCCGUUAAUGUGGCUGGAUUUGGAAAACCCAGUGAGCCUUCUGAUGCCACCACUGCACAAAAUCCCAUUACUCCUCCUGGCCCGGUACUGAACCCGUGUCUGACUGACACCACUCGGAGCACACUCACCCUCAGCUGGAAGGCCCCUGGCAACAAUGGCGGAAGCCCAAUCUUAGGAUACCUGGUGGAGUGUAGGAGGACGAACACAGCAGACUGGAUACGUUGCAAUGUACCGAGAAACUUGCAGGACACCAGCUACACCAUACAAAACCUCAUACACAAGGCUGAGUACCAGUCCCGUGUCACCGCUGUAAACAAGGUUGGCUUCAGUGAACCGGUUGAAGUGCCUGGCAAGCACAUUGCAAAGGACAUCUUGGUAACCCCAGAAGCAGAGCUGAGUGCUAUGCUGAAGGAGGUCCUGGAGCUUCGAGCUGGUGCCACCAUGAAGCUUUAUGCCACAAUCAAGGGUAAACCCUCGCCCAAGAUAACCUGGGCAAAGAUGAACACCAACAUCAAGGACCGGCAAGGCAUCGUCAUUAAGUCCACAAAAACUGACACCACUGUUAUAGUGGAGAACGUUAACAGAUACGAUGCAGGCAAAUACAUUCUGAACUUAGAGAGUGUGGCUGGCAUAAAGAUGUACACCAUCAUCGUCAAGGUCCUUGACACUCCCGGGCCACCAAUUAACUUGGUGGUUAAAGAGACCACAAAGGAUAGCACUUCCCUGUAUUGGGACGCUCCUCUCCUGGACGGUGGGUAUGAAGUCACCCACUAUGUGGUGGACAAGCGUGACACUGAGAGGAAGGCCUGGUCUACGAUCUCGAACAAUUGUACCAAGACGUCUUUGAAGGUGUUAGACCUGAAUGCUGGACGUUCCUACUGCUUCAGAGUGUCAGCCGUCAAUCAGCUCGGCGCUGGAGAGUGCUGCGAGACCUCUGACUCAGUCAGAGCAUCUGAGGAGCCCGGCCCUGUAAUGGACUUUAAGACUUUGCUGGUUACCAAGGACUCUUGUACUCUCAGCUGGAAGAAACCUCUAACUGAUGGUGGCAGCCGCAUCAUCUGCUACGUGCUUGAGGUCCUCAAUGGCAACGACAAGUGCAAGGAGUUAAUGAGGUCCAAGAACAUGCAGUACAGCGCCAAAGAUCUGGUAGAGGGCAGAGAGUACAAAUACAGUGUUAAAGCUGUGAAUGACACUGGGGAAGGUGCGGCUAAGGAGCUGAUAGUAGUUGCCAAAGACCAACUGAUUCAUCCCACCUGUGACUUAAGGGAGCUUCCUGACAUGUGUUACAUUGCCAAAGAGGGCAGUACGGUGCGUUUGAAGAUUCCAAUCAUUGGCAAACCAACGCCCAAAGUGUCCUGGAAGAAGGGGGAGGACGAAGACUUGACAGAUACUGGACGUGUUUGUGCAGAAUGCACUGCAGUCAACACUACUCUUCUGAUCAGGGAUUGCCAGAGAAGCGAUGCUUCCAAGUAUACCAUCACCCUAAGAAAUAGUGCUGGCAGCAAAGAAUCCACCAUUUUCAUCAGAGUGGUGGGUAAGCCUGGCAUCCCAGUCGGACCCAUUAAGUUCAAGGAUGUAACCGCUGAUGGUGCCACACUAAAGUGGACAGCACCAAAAGACGAUGGUGGCUCAGAGAUCACAAACUACAUUCUAGAGAAAAGGGACUCCAUUACCAACAUGUGGGUGACUGUCUCUUCUGCGGUGGACAGAAACACCAUGAGGGUAACUGGUCUCCACGAGGGUACGGAAUAUAUUUUCAGAGUCUGCGCUGAGAACAAAUAUGGUGUUGGAGAGGGACUUAAAUCAGAGCCUGUCGUUGCAAAACAUCCAUUCAACGUACCAGACGCUCCUCCUCCACCUCAGGUCAUGAGUAUGCACCAUGACUCUGCUUACCUUGCUUGGUCAGACCCAAGGAAGACCGGAGGGUCUCCCAUCACAGGGUAUCAUGUUGAGUUCAAGGAGAGGAAUAGUAUGUUGUGGAAGAGGUCAAGCCCGACUGCCUUGAGAAUGAAGGAACACAAGGUGACAGGGCUGACUGAGGGCCUUGAGUACGAGUUCAGGGUAAUGGCAAUUAACUUGGCUGGUAUUGGCAGACCAAGUCUUCCAACUGAUCCACAAGUGGCCCUUGAUCCAAUCGAUGCUCCAGGCAAACCGGACGUAAUUAGCAUCACCAGAAGCACCGUAACUCUCCAGUGGGUUGAACCACAGUUUGACGGUGGUCACAGGCUGACGGGCUACAUAGUUGAGAAACGUGAUCUUCCUUCUAAGAUCUGGGCGAAGACCAACAGUGUGAAUGUUGCGGAACCUGCAUACACCGUCACUGAUCUCCAGGAGGGCUGCAAAUAUGAGUUCAGAAUACGGGCAAAGAAUGCAGCUGGUGCCCUUAGUCCACCGUCUGACCAAACAGAUACUAUUAUCUGCGUGGAUGAAUAUGCUUCACCAACCAUUAUCAUCGAUGCUCAGGUGAUGAAGGCCGGUGUGACUGUCAGAGCAGGGGAAACUAUAGUGGUGACUGCUACAAGUAUUCUCGGAAAACCUGCCCCAACCUCUUACUGGUCGAAGGGAGGAAAGUACUUGAAGUCCUCAGACAUAGUUAAUAUUGAGACCACUGCAACAUCCUCUACUCUGUCAAUAAAAUACGCUACCAGGAAAGACUCUGGGGAUUACAUUAUCACAGCAAGCAACCCCUUUGGCGUGAAGGAGGAAACGGUUAAGGUGAAAGUUCUGGAUGUUCCUGCGGCUCCUGGUCCCAUUGAAUGCAGUGGUGUCUCAUCCGAGAAAGUCACGCUGAGCUGGACAGCUUCUCCAGAGGAUGGAGGGUCUCCUAUCAAGUACUACACACUCGAAAAGAGAGAGACCAGUCGGCUUCUCUGGACAAUUUUGGAAGAGAAGGUUCUCAACUGUCAUUAUGUGGCCUCCAAACUCAUCCAGGACAACGAGUAUAUCUUUAGAGUCUCUGCUGUGAACCAGUAUGGCAGCAGUGAGCCAGCUCACUCACCGCCUGUCAAAAUGGUUGAUAGAUUUGGUCCUCCUGGUCCACCAUCUAAACCAGAAGUUGAAAAAGUAGAUGGGCACUCAGCUACAGUGAUGUGGAGAAGACCAACUGAUGAUGGUGGUAGUGAUAUCAUUGGUUACUGUGUUGAGAAGAAGGAAAAAAAGGCCAUGAGGUGGAUCAGGGCCUCCAAGAAAUCCAUUGCAGAGCUCACUUAUGAGGUCACUGGUCUGACUGAAGGCUUACAAUAUGAGUUCCGUAUUCUUGCUGAGAACAGAGCUGGCUUUGGAGAGCCAAGUGAACCAUCAAUGCCAGUCACAACAGUCACUGCUACCUAUGUUCCUGGACCUCCUGUAAAUCCAAGGGUUACAGACACUACCAAGACAACAGCCACUCUCAACUGGGGAAAACCACUAGAUAAUGGUGGGCUUGAUGUCACUGGUUAUGUGAUUGAGCAUAGAAAAGAAGGAACAGAGGAGUGGAUCAAGGAUACAACAUCAUCUCCACUGCGAAUCACAGAAUUUGUCGUUCCUGCGCUGGAAAACACAGGCAAAUACCACUUCAGAAUUAGUGCAGUGAAUGCCAAGGGCACCGGUGAACCUGCCGAAACCGAGGAACUGGUUGAGAUAACGGAGCGUCCAGCUGAGCCUGAUUUAGAAUUGGAUGUUGAAUUGAGGAGAACGCUUGUUGUCAGGGCUGGUUGUUCCAUUCGCCUUUUUGUACCCAUCAAGGGACGCCCUCCACCCACAGUCAACUGGACUAAGGAUGGUGGUCUUGUGCCACGUGCCGUCAUUGACAGCACAGAGUCUUUUACAAUGUUGAUCAUUCCUGAAAGUGCAAGGAUUGAUGCAGGUAAAUAUGUGCUUACCCUCGAAAACACAUCUGGAAAGAAGAGUGCCAAUAUUCAUGUGAAAGUUCUGGAUUCACCUGGGCCUCCCCUCAACCUGAAACCAGUCCAAAUAGAUAAAGAAUCAAUUGUCCUUCAGUGGGAGAUGCCUCUCAUUGAUGGUGGUGCCAGUAUCACUAAUUACAUUGUUGAGAAAAGAGAAUCAACACGGAAGGCUUUUGCCACCGUUGUUACAAACUGUCCAACUACUUCAGUCAAGAUCAAUGACCUUGGUGAAGGUUGUGAGUACUACUUCAGAGUGUCUGCUGAGAAUGAGUUUGGUGUCGGUGAAGCAGUUGAAACUCCUGAUCCUAUUCGUGCCUCCCAAGCACCAAGUCCCCCAGAAAGCAUAAUCCCAACUGACAUUACCAAGAACUCUGUGAGCCUGGCUUGGACCAGACCCAAGCAUGAUGGCGGAAGCAGGCUGAUGGGAUAUGUCCUUGAAGCCCAGAAGAGAGGAACCGAUCAUUGGGCCCAUGUAACAACUCUCAAGAAUAUGGACUUCACCGUGAAGAAUCUCAAUGAGAAUGAAGAAUACAUAUUCCAUGUGAUGGCUGUAAACCACUCGGGAAGAAGUGUUCCACGCGAAAGUAAGCCCGUCGUUGUCAAGGAUUCAACCUCUCUGCCUGAGUUUGAUCUGCGCGGUGUAUGCCAGUCAACUGUUAUUGCGAGAGCUGGAGAUGACAUCAAGGUUGAAAUUCCUGUAAUGGGCCGCCCAAGACCAGUGGUCACCUGGCAGAAGGAUGGAACUGCCUUGAAGCUCACCCAGAGGACUAACGUGGAGACGACUCCCGUGACCGUUAUCCUCACCAUCAACGAAUGCACGAGAGGAGACAGCGGCUUGUACACCAUAACAGGAAAGAACAUUGUUGGUUCUGUGGUCGAGAACAUCUUUGUCAAAGUGCAUGAUGUUCCGGGGCCACCUAAAGGGCCGAUUACAUUUACUGAAAUCUCUCGUACCUACUGUAUUCUUGCAUGGGACACGCCAGAGAAUGAUGGAGGUGUUCCAAUUAACAAUUAUGUGGUUGAGAUCAGAGACACCACCACCCAGACUUGGACAGAGCUAACUUCCACGACCAUUUGUACCAUGUUUAAAGCCACACGUUUAACAACUGGUUCAGAGUACCAGUUCAGAGUUAAGGCGAAGAACCGAUAUGGCGUAGGACCUUCCAUAACCUCAGAGACAGUCGUGGCUUCCUAUCCAUUUAAAGUUCCUGGACCACCCGGUACACCCCAUGUGGUGGCAUUCACCAAGGACUCGAUAACAGUUGGUUGGAAUGAACCUGUGUCUGACGGCGGGAAUGAAGUCAUUGGAUACCACGUUGAAAGAAAAGAACGAAACAGCAUCAUGUGGCAAAAAAUCAGCAAGGGUCUUGUGAAAGGAAACCUACUGAAAUCUACUGGGCUUGAAGAUGGCGCUGCCUACGAGUUCCGCGUUAUGGCAGAAAACAUGGCUGGAAUUGGCAAGCCCAGCAAAGCUUCCGAAGCGAUAAUGGCCUUGGACCCUGUGGAUCCCCCAGGUCAGCCUGUGCCUAAUGUUAUUGCUAAAAAUGCUAUCACCAUUUCCUGGACCAAACCAGAGUAUGACGGAGGAUUUAAAAUUACUGGCUACACCGUGGAGAAGAGGGAACUUCCUACCGGUCGCUGGAUCAGAGCUAACUUCACUAACAUAAUUGAGACAACCUUCACUGUCAGUGGAUUGACUCAAGAUGCAUCUUAUGAGUUCCGUGUCACGGCGAGAAACUCGGCAGGAGCAGUGAGUGUACCAUCUGACUCCUCGGACCCCAUUACGUGCAAGGAUAGCAUCAUUGAGCCGCGAAUCAUGGUGGACGCCAUCUUUAGGGACGUGUUUCUGCUGAAGGCAGGGGAGUCCUUCAAGCUUAACGCUGAUAUUGCGGGUCAACCAACGCCUUCCAUGGUUUGGACCAAGAAUGAGAAAGAGAUUGAGAACACAUUGAAACUGAACAUUAAGUUCACUGAACUGACGACUACACUGAGCAACAAAGACUCCAUCAGAUCAGAUGGAGGAGAAUUUGUUUUGACUGCCACUAAUGUUGGUGGCUUUUCGAAGCACAUCUUUAGAGUGAAAGUACUGGAUAGACCAGGCCCGCCAGUUGGACCUCUCACUGUGUCAAAUGUCACAGCUGACAACUGUUCACUGACAUGGGCCGCACCGCGAGAUGACGGUGGGGCCGACAUUGAGGGGUAUAUUGUUGAGAAGCGGGAAUCAAGCAGACUUGUUUGGACCAACGUGGCUUCAGACCUGCAGGUUACUGAUUAUAAGGUGACCAAGCUUCUCAAAGGAAAUGAGUACAUAUUCAGAGUUAUGGCAGUGAAUAAAUAUGGCAAUGGCGAGCCUCUUGAUUCUGAGCCUAUUGUUGCUAACAAUCCAUACGAGGUUCCCGAUGUGCCCGAGAAUCCUGAGGUCACCGCUGUCAGCAAAGAUUCUAUGGUAAUUAUGUGGCAGGUUCCAAAGAGCGAUGGCGGAACACCAAUCACAAACUACAACAUUGAAAGGAAAGAUAGGUUAGGCCUCCGCUGGGUGAAGUGCAACAAAAGGAAGGUCAAAGAUCUGCAAUUCAAGGCAACUGGUCUAAUUGUUGGACAUGAAUAUGAAUUCCGGAUCAUUGCAGAGAACGCUGCAGGUCUCAGUGCACCUAGCCUCUCCAGUCCCUUCUACAAGGCCAGUGACAUGCUGUACAAACCAGGGCCUCCGUGCAACCCCAGAAUCCUGGACACGACCAAGUCAUCUAUUACUGUAGCCUGGAACAAACCAGCCUUUGAUGGUGGCGCUGACAUCACUGGUUACAUUGUUGAGAAGUGCAUCCCAUCUGACAAGGAAGAGGAGUGGACAAUUGUGACCCCGAAGGAUGGACUACUUGCCACUUCUUUCACUAUUAUCAAUCUGACGGAGGGUCAGGAGUAUAAAAUCAACAUUUUAGCUAUUAAUGGCGAAGGAAUUAGCGAACCUGUUUCUGUACCCGGCAACCCCAAGGCUGAAGACAGACUCCUCCCUCCAGAGCUUGAUGUGGAUGCAGAGCUCCACAAGGUGGUCACCCUCCGAGCUUGCUGCACACUUAGACUGUUUAUUCCCUUCAGAGGCAGACCCACUCCUCAAGUUAAGUGGACCAAAGAGGAGGGUGAACCUGUUGAGAGGGCCACUAUUGACACCACAGCAUCAUACACGUCGCUUGUCAUUGGCAAUGUCAACAGGUUUGACGGUGGAAAGUACAACCUCACCGCUGAGAACAGCUCAGGCUCCAAGACAGUCACAGUCCAAGUCAGGGUACUCGAUACGCCAAGUGCUCCACAGCAUCUGAAAAUUACUAAUGUGACAAAUCAAUCUGUCAGUCUAACUUGGGAUCCGCCAGCAAACAAUGGGGGAGUUAAGAUUAAGAACUACAUUGUUGAGAAGCGUGAGUCCACGAGAAAGGCUUACGCCACAGUCAGUGCCACGUGCCAUCACACCACCUUUACUGUUGUACAACUCCUAGAAGGAUGCAAUUAUUACUUUAGAGUUUUGGCAGAAAAUGAAUAUGGCAUUGGUCUUCCCAUUGAGACCAGUGAAUCAGUCAAGGUGUCAGAGAAACCCCUACCUCCGGGCAAAAUCAGUCUGAAGGACGUAACCAAGAAUAGUGUCACACUCUCGUGGGAAAAGCCAGAGCAUGACGGUGGAAGCAGGGUUGGCUGUUAUGUUGUCGAGGUCCAACCUAAAGGUGUAGAUAAGUGGGCACAGGCUGUGAUUGUGAAAGAAACAGAAGCUACCGUUGGUGGCCUGAACACUGGUGAUGAAUAUAUGUUCCGUGUGGCAGCAAGAAAUGAGAAGGGAACAAGCGACCCUCGUCAAAUUGGCGUGCCUGUCAUUGUAAAAGAUCUUGUUAUUUCACCAGCUGUCAAAAUGUUGUUCAACACAUUUAGUGUGUUGGCAGGUGAAGACCUGACAGUUGAGGUUCCAUAUGUUGCCCGUCCCAAAGCAGCCGUCUCCUGGCUCAAAGAUGGACAGCCACUGAAGAGAACAACCAGAGUCAACUUUGGCGCAACAGAAACAGCAUUGAACCUCAACAUAAGAGAGGCUUCCAAAGAUGAUUUUGGACAUUAUCGCAUUGCUGUUUGCAACACCGCAGGAGAGGCAAUGGCAGACGUCAGCGUUGUUGUACUGGAUAAACCUGGUCAGCCAGGCGGUCCAGUUAAAGUUGAGGAGGUCACUUCCGACAGUGUGACCAUUUCCUGGAGCCCGCCAGAGUAUGAUGGCGGAUGCACAAUCAAAAACUACAUUGUAGAAAAGAGAGACACAUCCACAACGAAUUGGACGGUCGUGUCUCCAAACCUUGCAAGGACAAAAGUUAAAGCAGGCCGACUGAAAACUGGCUCAGAAUAUCAAUUUCGAAUCGCAGCAGAAAACAGGUAUGGGAAAGGGCCAGUUCUUCAGUCAGAGUCUAUUGUAGCUCAAUAUCCAUACAAGUGUCCAGGACCACCAGGAACACCCUCCAUUUUGACGUGCACAAAGGACAGCAUGGUGGUGGCAUGGAAUGAGCCUGUCAAUGAUGGAGGUAGCGCUAUCUUGGGCUAUCAUCUGGAGCGGAAGGAAAGAACCAGUAUCCUCUGGGUCAGACUGAACAAAUCGCUUAUUGCCGACCAAACCUUCAAGACCACAGGCCUAGAACCAGGAAUGGAAUAUGAGUACAGAGUUUAUGCUGAAAACAUUGUGGGCAUUGGCAAAGUCAGCAAAGUGUCAGAAGGUCACAUUGCCCGAGAUCCUUGUGACCCUCCAGGUACACCAGAGGCAACCAGGAUUACGAGGGAUUCGGUUCACAUUGCUUGGACAAAGCCCGAGUAUGAUGGUGGUGCCAAGAUUGCAGGCUACAUGGUGGAAAAGAAGGAGCUUCCUGAAGGUCGCUGGUUGAAGGCUAACUUCACUAAUGUUAUAGAGACAGAAUAUGCUGCAACUGGACUUGUGCAGGAUAGAGAGUAUGAGUUCCGUGUUACUGCUAGAAAUGCCGCCGGUGUUUUUAGUCUCCCUUCAUACAGCACUGGCCCGAUCACUGCCAGGGAUGAGAUUGAGCCCCCUCGUAUCAGUAUUGACCCAGAGUACACACAGACCAUGAUGGUAAAAGCGGGAGAUAAUUUUAAGAUCGAUGCAGAUGUCCACGGCAAACCAUUGCCUUCUAUCGCAUGGUUGAAAGGAGAGCAGGAAAUAGGAAACACAAUCCACAGAGAGAUUAAGAACACAGAAACCCAUGCAUGUGUCACUGUAAAGGAAGCAAAACUUUCAGAUGGAGGCACAUAUACUCUGCUGCUGAAAAAUCCAGGAGGAGAAAAGGCUGUCCAUGUGAAUGUGUUAAUUUUAGAUAAACCAGGAGAACCACAAGGACCGUUAACUAUAACGGGCAUAACAAAAGACCAAUGCUGUCUUGCGUGGAGAGCACCACUGCAAGAUGGCUGUAGCAAAAUAUCUCACUAUGUCGUGGAGAGGAGAGAAACCAGUAGACUCAUCUGGACGGUGUUGGAUCCAAAAGUGCUGAACACCAGCCACAACGUUACAAAGCUACUGGAAGGCAACGAGUACAUCUUCAGAGUCCGUGCUGUAAACCAGUUUGGUAAUAGUGCACCACUUGAGUCUGAGCCAGUGAUUAUUAAAGAUCCAUACAUCGCCCCUGGAUCACCCAAAGGUGUAGAGAUUUUAGAUGUCAAAAGGGACUCAAUGGUGCUGAAAUGGGAAGCCCCCAGUGAGGAUGGAGGAAGUCCCAUCACAACAUAUAUCAUUGAAAAGCAUGACAAAGAAGGUGUGCGGUGGACUCGAUGCAACAGGGAAACCGUGUUAGAUUUGACUUUCAAGGUCACAGGACUCUUUGAGAGCCACAAUUAUGAAUUCAGGGUUGCAGCAGAGAAUUGUGUGGGCGUUGGCGAGCCUAGUUCUCCAACAGUAUACUACAAAGCCCUCGAUCCUGUCUUCAGACCUGGCCCUCCGCAGAAUCCCAGAGUUACAGACAUAAGCAAAUCCUCAGUAUUCCUGUCAUGGAUCAAGCCUAUCUGUGAUGGUGGCUCGGAGAUCCAGGGAUACAUCAUUGAGUGCUGCCGUACCAGAGAGCAAGUCUCAGCUGGCGUGGCACAGAUUGAAUCCUUGGCUGCUGACGUUUCGGCCACAGAUGCAUAUGCAGAGGAUUGGAUCAUGUGCACGCCACCAACGGGCAUCAAGAAGACAAAAUUUGAGGUUACAAACCUGAAAGAAAAUCAGGCUUAUAAAUUUAGAGUCUGCGCCAUCAACAAGGUUGGGGUUGGUGAGCAUGCUGAUGUCUCUGGAGCAAUUGUUGCCCAGGACAAAGCAGAAGUACCUGACCUUGACAUUGACCCCGAACUGAGAAAGAUUGUGACAAUUCGGGCUGGACUUUCACUGAGACUCUUUAUUCCAAUCAAGGGAAGACCCAUUCCCACCAUCAAAUGGGACAAAGAUGAUGCUGCACUCAAGGAGAAGGCUCAAGUUGAAGUAACCAGCAGUUACACAGCCCUUGUGAUUGACCAGAUGAGCAGAGCAGAUAGUGGGAAAUACAACAUCACUGCAGAGAAUUCUAGUGGAACCAAAUCUGCAUUUGUUGUUGUCCGUGUUCUCGAUACACCAAGCGCUCCUGUAAAUUUGACGGUGAAGGAGAUUACAAACCAAUCGGUGACCCUUGCUUGGGAAGCACCUCUUUUAGAUGGCGGGUCCAAAAUAAAAAACUACAUUGUGGAAAAGAGAGAGAGUACACGUAAAACGUAUGCUGCCGUGGUAACUAAUUGCCAUGCUCUUUCAUGGAAGAUUGCGCCACUCCAGGAGGGCUGUAGUUAUUACUUCAGAGUCCUUGCUGAGAAUGCACAUGGUAUUGGUCUGCCUGCAGUAACUGUCGACCCGCUUAAGGUCUCAGAGGUGCCCCAGGCUCCCAGGAGCUUGACUGUUACAGAUCAAACAAAUACAAGCAUCUCUUUGGCCUGGGAAAGUCCAGAAUAUGAUGGGGGUAGCAGAGUCAUCCAGUACUUGCUUGAGGUACAGCUAAAGGGCCAAGAGAAGUGGUCGGGUGUUAACACAUAUAAGACAAUGGAGACAACAGUUUCCAAUCUGAGCGCAGGGGAGGACUACCUGUUCCGAGUUAUAGCAAUCAAUGACAAGGGGAAAAGUGACCCAAGGGUCCUUUCUGGCCACAUCAUGACCAAGAACUUGGUGUUUGAGCCUGAUGUUCGACCUACAUUUAGCAGCUACAGUGUCCAUGUUGGUAAAGAUCUAAAAAUUGAAGUCCCAAUCUUUGGACGCCCAAAACCAACAAUAGCAUGGUCCAAAGAUGGAGCACCUCUGAAGUUCACUACCAGAGUGAGCAUUAAAAACACCCAGACUUAUACAAAUCUAAGCAUUAAAGAAGCAGCAGGUGAUGAUGGAGGCAUGUACACCAUUAAUGCAGCUAACUCUGCUGGAAAGAAAGAGGUCACCCUUGAAAUCAUAGUACUUGACAAGCCUGGACCCCCCUCUGGGCCUGUGAGAUUUGAUGAAAUUACAACACAGAGUGUGACUAUUUCAUGGGAUCCACCAAAACACAAUGGUGGGUGCCAGAUUUCAAACUACAUUGUGCAGAAAAGAGAUACUUUAACAACAACAUGGGAAAAUGUGAGUCGUAACUGUGCCAGAACCACAAUCAAAGUGCCCAGACUGAAGACUGGAGCAGAGUACCAAUUCAGGAUCAUUGCCCAGAACCGGUACGGGAAGAGUCAUGGCCUAGAUUCAUCUGCUGUCGUUGCUCAGUACCCAUACAGGGAACCUGGCCCACCCGGCACGCCAUUCAUCUCUUCGCUCUCCAGAGAUUACCAGAUUGUGGAGUGGCAUGAACCCAUCUCGGAUGGAGGCAGUCCAGUCCUUGGCUACCACCUCGAAAGAAAAGAGAGGAAUAGCAUUCUCUGGGUCAAAAUAAACAAGACACUCCUUCAUGAGACUAAUUGCAAGAGCCACCCCUUAGAGGAAGGUAUUGAGUAUGAAUACCGGGUGUAUGCAGAAAAUAUUGUAGGUAUUGGAAGGUGCAGCAAAGUUUCAGAGGGCUGCGUAGCCAGAGACCCCUGUGACCCUCCUGGUACACCAGAAGCUAUUCACGUGACAAAAGAUACCAUUGUUAUCCAGUGGACGAAGCCAGAGUAUGAUGGUGGCAGCAAUAUAACCGGCUACCUUGUGGAGAGGCGUGACUUGCCAGAAGGCCGUUGGGUAAGGGCUAACUUCACUAAUGUCAUUGAGACCCAGUUCACUGCCACUGGCCUAACAGAAAAUUCCCAAUAUGACUUUAGAGUCAUUGCCAAAAAUGCUGUUGGCACCAUUAGCAAGCCAUCAUACAAUAGUGGCCCAAUUACUGCGAGCGAUCUGAUUGAAGCACCUAAAUUCUCGAUUGACCCUGCAUUCACCAAGACGAUUGUUAUCAAUGCUGGAGAGAUGUUCAAGCUGGACGCAGAUGUUCGUGGUAAGCCACUGCCAGCAAUGCAGUGGUUCAAGGAUGAAGUUCCAAUCGAAAAUACACUGAGGCUUAACAUUAAAAAUACCGAAAGUCAUGCACUGAUAGUCAUUAAGGACUCUGUAAGAAUUGACAGCGGAAUGUACACACUCCAUCUAACGAACGAGGCGGGCUCUGAAACUGUGCUAUUCAAAGUGUUGGUCUUGGACCGACCCAGCCCCUGCGAGGGACCUCUUCACGUAGCUGGGGUAGCUGCAGAUAGAUGCUCAUUAGUGUGGUCUGCGCCGUUACACGAUGGAGGAAGUCCCGUCACGCAUUACAUCAUCGAAAGAAGGGAGACCAGCCGUCUAGCUUGGACUGUUGUUUCUUCCAGCUGCACCACCACAUGGUAUAAAGCCACUAACUUGCUGGAGGGCGAUGAGUACAUGUUCCGUGUCAUGGCAGUCAAUAGUUAUGGCACCAGCAGCCCACUGGAGUCUGGCGGAGUAAUCAUGAAAACUCCUUUUGUACUACCUGGUGCGCCUCACAUUGAGGAUGUAGCCAACAUUACUCGUGAGAGCAUGACCAUCUCUUGGACUGCCCCAGAGUCCGAUGGUGGCAGCAAUAUCUUAAAUUAUGUUGUUGAAAAGAAGGACAGAGCAGGAAUUAAAUGGACUCGAUGCAACAGACAGAAAGUCACUGACCUAUCCUUCAGAGCAAGCGGCCUGACAAGCGGCCAUGAGUAUGAGUUCAGAGUGGCUGCUGAGAACGUUGUCGGCCUGGGAGAGCCCAGUCUACCCAGCUCUCACUACAAGGCCUGCGAUCCCAAGUACAAACCCGGUUCCCCGGCAUAUCUUAACAUUGUUGACUCCACACGGAGCUCAAUUACUGUGUUGUGGGGCAAGCCAUUGUCUGACGGUGGUAGCUCCAUUCAGGGAUACAUUGUUGAAGUCUGCAAGGCUGAAGAAGAAGAAUGGACCAUGGUAACUCCCCCCACUGGCUUGCGUGUUAACAAAUAUGAGAUUCCCAAACUAAUAGAAGGUCAGGAAUAUAAGAUUCAGGUGUGUGCUCUGAACAAACUUGGAGUCGGUGAGCCCGCCACCCUCUCAGGAACCGCCAAACCAGAAGAACGGGUUGAGCCACCGCAGAUCCACUUGGAUUCUGAGCUAAGGAAGGGAAUAUCUGUGAAGGCUGGUGGAUCUGUUCGGAUCCGUAUUCCAUUUAAGGGCAGACCAACACCCGAGAUUAAGUGGUUUAAGGAUGAGAAGGAUUUAAAUGAAAAGGCGUUGGUUGAAAAGAGUCCCAUCUGCACACAGUUAUCUAUGGACUCCUGUGACAGAUGUGAUUCAGGAAAAUACAGUCUAACCUUAACCAACAGCAGUGGGUCUGUGUCUGAGUUUGUUACUCUUAAAGUCCUUGAUACACCCGGAGCACCACAAAGCCUUGUAGUUAAAGAUGUGAGGAAGGACUCAGUUAGUCUUGUUUGGGAUGCACCACUAAUUGACGGUGGUUCUAAAAUUAAGAACUAUGUAAUUGAAAAGCGUGAGGCAACGAGGAAGGCUUAUGCAAAUGUCUCGACUAAAUGCGCAAAGACGACAUUCAAGGUUGAGAACCUGAUUGAGGGUGCUACGUACUACUUCAGAGUCAUGGCUGAGAAUGAAUAUGGCAUUGGUCAGGCGAUAGAAACAAAGACCGGAUCAAAGGCUUCCGAGGUACCACUUCCUGUCGGAAAUAUCUACCUCGUCGAUGUCACCAAAGGCACCGUGUCCCUAGCCUGGGAGAAACCUGAGCAUGACGGUGGCAGCAGGAUUGGUGGCUAUCUCAUUGAGAUGCAGCCAAAGGGUACAGACAAGUGGGCUGUCGCCGCAAAUACAAAGACAUGUGAAGGCACGGUCAGGGGCCUCACAAGUGGUACAGAAUAUCUGUUCCGUGUUAUUGCUUAUAAUGAGAAGGGAAAGAGUGAGCCAAAAUCACACGUGGCACCCAUUGUUGCCAAUGACAUGACCUUGGAUCCGAGUAUAAAACUGGAGUUCAACACCUACAGUGUGUUAGCUGGAAAAGAUCUGACUUUGACAUUCCCCGUACUUGGCAGGCCCAAACCUAGAGUCACCUGGGUAAAAGAUGGUCAGCCCCUGAAGGUGACCUCCAGAGUCAAUGUGGUGAACACUCUCACAACAACCGGGAUUCAGAUCACCGACGCAUGCAAGGAGGACUUUGGAAAGUACUCCAUUACAGCAAGCAAUACUGCAGGCACAUUUACUGACAACAUGGACAUCAUUAUUCUUGAUAAGCCAGGUCCACCGGGUGGUCCACUUAAAGUAGUUGAGGUAAGUAACACCUUUGUUCACCUCUCAUGGGAACCUCCAGAGUACAAAGGCGGAUGCCAGGUGAAACAUUAUAUUGUAGAAAAGCGGGAGACCACAGGGAAUACAUGGCAGUCAGUCACCACACAGCUGGCUAGGACAGCUUUCAAAGUGACCAAGCUGAAAACUGGUGCGGAAUACCAAUUCAGAGUCAUUGCUGAAAACAGGUAUGGAAGAGGCGCCUCUCUCGAGUCCAAGGCUAUAGUUGUGCAGUAUCCAUACAAGCCACCAGGCCCCCCUGGAACGCCGUAUGUUGAAUCUGCAACUAAAGAGAUGAUGAUCAUUCAAUGGAAUGAGCCAGUGAAUGACGGUGGAAGUGCUGUUAUCGGAUACCAUCUAGAGAGCAAAGAGAGGAGCAGCAUCCUGUGGAACAAACUGAACAAGACUCUGAUUGGUGAUACUCAGUUCAAGACCUGUAAUCUUGAAGAAGGAGUUGGAUACGAGUUCAGAGUGUAUGCUGAAAAUAUUGUUGGCAUCGGCAGAUGCAGUAAAGUCUCUGAGUCCUUUGUCGCUCGUGAUCCGUGUGACCCGCCUGGUGCUCCACAGGCUGUAACCAUUUCUAAAAAUCUCAUCAAGAUUAGUUGGACCAAGCCUCAGUAUGAUGGUGGCAGCAAGGUCAAUGGCUAUAUUGUUGAAAAGAAAGAUCUUGCCUCUCCCGAUGGGCGCUGGGUGAGAGAAAACUUCACAAAUAUAAUGGAGACUGAAUACGACGUCAGCGGUCUGACAGAAAAUGAGCAAUAUGAAUUCCGGGUUAUUGCCAGAAAUGCAGCUGGUGUCUUCAGCGAACCCUCUGACAGCUCUGGCCCGAUUACUGCUACUGAUGAAAUUGAGCCACCGAGGGCCUCAAUGGACCCCAAGUACAAGGAUGUCAUCGUUGUCAAUGCUGGACAACAUUUAACUCUCGAUGCUGACAUCAAUGGAAAACCGGCUCCCGACGUGGUCUGGAUGAAGGAGGGCAAAGAAAUGGAAAAAGCUCUGCGCAUUGAAGUGAAAAAUACUCAAAAAUGUGCUGCCAUGACUAUUAAGGAUCUCACCAGAUUGGACAGUGGGCACUAUGAACUUAUGCUAAAGAAUCUGGGUGGUACAAAAAGCUUCCCAAUCACGGUCAAAGUCCUCGACAAACCUGGUAAACCCACUGGACCCUUGAAGGUAACAGGAAUCAUGGCUGACAGAUGUAGCCUUGCCUGGUCUGAGCCAACGCUGGACGGCGGUGCUAAUAUCACCCAUUAUAUCCUGGAGAAGAGAGAGACCAGCAGCUUAUCCUGGACAGUGGCUGCAGCCAAUAUCCAGACUCUGCAUUUUACACUCACAAACUUGCUUGCAGGGAAUGAAUACAUUUUACGCGUCAGGGCUGUUAACAAAUACGGUAUAGGUGAUUACCUUGAGGGUGAGCCCAUCAUCGCACGCAAUCCAUACAAGCCCCCGAGUGCUCCUGGGACACCAGAAGCAAGUCAGAUCACAAAAGAUUCAAUGGUUGUGUCGUGGACAGCUCCAGAACAGACUGGUGGAGCUGAUAUUGCGGGGUAUCACCUUGAAAAACGUGACAAAGACAGUGUCAGGUGGACAAAGUGCAACAGACAAAAACUGACAGCUACUAACUUCAAAGUGACAGGACUGAUGAUGAAUCACUUCUACGAGUUCCGAGUUGCAGCUGACAAUGAGGCUGGAAUGGGAGACCUCAGUGAACUGUCCUUAUUUUACAGAGCCUGUGAAGCCACAAAAGCCCCAGGACCCCCACAUCAUCCCAAGGUGACAGACUACACAAAGUCUUCCGUCUCACUUUCCUGGGGCAAACCUGACUUUGAUGGUGGUGCCUAUAUCAAGGGCUACAUAGUUGAAAUGCGGGAAUAUACACAAGUGCCAGAAUCAACAGAGGAGGUAGAAGUUGCUCCAGCAGUAGAUGCACCAGUUGAAAAAGAGUGGACCAUGUCCACACCACCGUCUGGCAUUCAGGCCACUAAAUUCACUGUCCCAGACUUAAAACAAGGCAAAGAAUACCAAUUCCGUGUCUGUGCCAUCAACUCAGAGGGAGUGGGCGAGGCUGCUUAUGUUCAUGGCACAGUGGUUGCUCUGGACCGGGUCGAAGCACCAGAGAUUGAGCUUGACGCUGAUCUCAGAAAGGUGGUGUCUGUACGUGCUGGCGGUACAGUGCGUCUGUUUGUCACCAUCAGAGGAAGGCCCGAACCUAACGUAAAAUGGGAAAAAAUUGAUGGUACUCUCCCAGAUCGGGUGGUUAUUGACACCACAAGCUCAUACACCAUGUUUGUAAUUGACAAUGUGAACCGAUGGGACAGUGGAAAGUACUCACUCACCUUGGAGAACAACAGUGGUUCAAAGUCAGCCGUUGUCGCCGUGAGAAUUUUGGAUACACCAAGUGCACCGCAGAACCUCUCUGUGAAGGAAGUAAAAAAGGAUUCGGUGACGCUUGUCUGGGAUACACCACUCACUGACGGUGGGUCUAAAGUCACCAAUUACAUUGUAGAGAAGAGAGAGUCUGUCCGGAAGGCCUACACUACUGUAACCAGCAACUGCACAGCCAGAACAUUUAAGAUUGAAGAGUUGCCCGAGGGUAGCAUUUUCUACUUCAGGGUUUGUGCUGUUAAUGAGUAUGGCCAAGGACAAGUGGCUGAAACCAAAGAAAUGAAAGUGUCUGAGGUACCCCUUCCACCAAGCAAUGUCGCGAUUGUUGAUGUAACUAAAACCAGCGUUUCACUCUUAUGGGACAAACCUGCGCAUGAUGGUGGCAGCAAAGUCAUCUGUUACAAUGUUGAAUUCAAACCCAAGAUUGGUGAAAAGUGGGGUACAGCCUGCACAGUCAAGGUGCCAGAGGCAACUAUCCCUAACCUGACUCCCAAUGAAACCUAUCUAUUUAGAGUUGUUGCAAUCAACGAGAAGGGAAAGAGUGAGCCGAAGGAGCUUGGUUUGCCUGUCGUUGCAAAGGAUGUGGCAAUUGUGCCAUCUGUCAACGUAUUGUUCACGGCAUACAGCGUGAAAGCUGGAGAUGACCUGACCAUUGAGCUUCCAGUCAGAGGCAGACCUAAGCCUGUUGUCUCAUGGAAGAGGGAUGGUCUUCCUGUGAAGCAAACUUCUUCAGUUACAAUUUUAAACACCGCAACCUCAUCCAAGAUUCUCAUUAAACAGGCGGCCAGGGAGCAUGUUGGAAAGUACGAGAUCACCCUGGCCAACACCGCAGGAACAGCAACGUCCUAUUUAGGUGUAAUUGUCCUGGAUAAACCGAGUCCUCCGACAAGCAUGAAGGUGGAUGCUGUGACCUCUGACAGCAUCACCCUGUCCUGGUCACUACCAGACUAUGACGGCGGCUGCUCCAUAAGUAACUAUAUUGUUGAGAAGAGAGAUACAAAUACACAAGAGUGGCAAAUGGUUGCGAGCAAUGUGGCCAGAACGUCUUAUAAGGCUGGCCACCUGACGCACGGGGCAGAAUAUCAAUUCCGGAUCUAUGCAGUCAACCGUUACGGGAAGAGUGCACAUUUGGAUUCUCCUGCAAUUACAGCUCAGUACAACUUUAAGCAACCCGGACCUCCUUCCACACCUGCAGUGAAGAUUGCUACCAAGUCUUACAUGGUGGUGACCUGGAAUGAGCCGAUCAAUGAUGGGGGGAGUCCCGUUCUUGGCUAUCACCUAGAGCGGAAGGAGCGUGCUAGCAUUCUCUGGACUAAGAUUAAUAGAGGAAUGAUCAAGGACUCUGAAUACAAAGUCAGUGGACUCGAAGAGGGUAUGAUGUAUGAAUAUCGUGUCUAUGCUGAAAAUAUUGCUGGUAUCGGUAAAUGCAGCAAGGCCUCUGAAGCUGUAGCGGCAAGAGAUCCAUGUGACCCUCCAGGAACCCCUGUUGUCACUGCUAUCAGCAGAACAUCAGUGUCCUUGUCUUGGGACAAGCCAGAAUAUGAUGGUGGUGCCAAGGUAUCAGGUUACAUCAUUGAAUGUAGAGAGCUUCCGGAAGGACGCUGGAAAAGGUGCAACUUCACUAAUGUGCCCGAGACUCACUAUCAUGUGACGGGCCUUACAGAAAACAACCAGUAUGACUUUCGCGUCAUUGCUAAAAAUGCAGCAGGAUUGUUCAGUGAACCCUCCGACAACACUGGCCCAAUCACUGUCAAGGAUGAUGUAGAGGUGCCACACAUCAUGAUGGAUGUUAAAUACAGAGAAACAAUGUUUGUUAAAGCAGGAGAAACUAUGAAGAUUCAUGCUGACAUUGCAGGCCGCCCUGAACCCGUCAUUGCGUGGAGCAAAGAUGGCAACGAGAUUGUGCUCCGAGCAAGAAUCCAACUUGUUUCGACAGAUACCAGUACCUCGGUGAUUGUGAAAGACUGUAUCAGAAGAGAUUCUGGUCAAUAUGUACUCACUCUCAAGAACAUUGCUGGUACAGUUAGCAUGCCAAUUAAUUGUGUCAUUUUGGACAAGUCAGGUCCCCCUGCAGGGCCUCUGCAAAUUACAGAUGUCACAGCUGAGGCAUGCACUUUGUCAUGGGGUCCACCUCAGGAGCCUGGUGGUGCAGAGAUCACAAACUACGUUGUUGAGAAGCGAGAGAGCAGCUGCUUGGCCUGGACACUAGUGAAGGGCGAUGUCACCAAAACAUACUUUGUUGUCACAGGACUGCUGAAGGGCAAUGAAUAUGCCUUCAGGGUUUUGGCUAUUAACAAACAUGGAACUGGUGAGGCUUUGGAAAGUAAUGCUGUCAAGAUCACUGAUCCAUACACAUUUGCCACAGCACCGCUUAACGUUGACAUCACUGAUAUUACUGGAAAUUCAAUGACCCUUACGUGGUGCAAACCAAUGAGUGACGGAGGCACUCCCAUCACUGGCUAUGUAAUAGAGCGUCGGGAGAAGAUGGGUAUGCACUGGAUCCGUGUCAAUCGAGAUCAAGUCACUGAAUGCACCACAGUGGCAACCAAACUGCGCAAGGGUUGUGAGUAUGAUUUCAGGGUCUAUGCUGAAAAUGCUGCCGGUCUGAGCCCUCCAAGUGAAACCUCUGCCUUAUGUAGAGCGGUUGAUCCUCUGGCAGUUCCUGUUCCUCCAUCCAAGCCAAAGAUAGUGAAUUCAACAAAGGAAAGUGUUUCCAUUGGAUGGAAACCACCUACUGAUAAUGGAGGUGCUCCCGUCCUUGGAUACAGUGUAGAAUACAGGGACUACAUUCCCAAACAAAAAACAGUGGUGGCAGAGGAUGAAGAGGAAUAUGAGGGAGAGGAAGAGGAGUCACCCGAAGAACUGCAGAGAUGGGUGCAGGCCAUUGCACUGACCAAAAGCUUGGAGUUCACAAUUACUGGACUAAAACCUGAUAUGGUCUAUGAAUUCUGCGUCAAAGCAGUAAACAAAGUUGGAAGCAGUGAGCGCAGCCGCUAUUCCGAUGCAGCUGCGGCAGUGGAAAGAACUGUCGAGCCAGCAUUCAAUGUGGACAUCGAGAUGCGCAAAGUCCUUGUGGUUCAGAACGGCACAGCGUUUACCCUCAAUGUUUCAUUCAAAGGAAAACCUGUUCCCUCAGUGGAAUGGGCCAAAGAAGGCAGCGAUCUCAAGGCGAGAGGAACAAUUGAUUCAACAAACUCCAGCACUUCACUGACCAUUGAAAAGUCAACGAGAAAUGAUUCGGGAGAAUACUGUGUCAGUAUUGAAUCAUCACUAGGAAAAGCAACAUUACCCAUCGUUGUCAAGGUGCUCGACUCUCCCGGACCCCCAGUCAAUGUCAAAGUUUCAGCAGUAACCAGGGAGUCAGCAACCCUCACUUGGGAAGCCCCGGAGAAUGAUGGUGGAGAUGCAGUGAAGGCUUAUCAUGUUGAAAAGCGCGAGGCCAGUAAAAAGGCCUGGGUUUCUGUGACAAGUAACUGCCACGCAUUGAUGUAUAAAGUAGAAGCCCUGCUUGAAGGAGCCAUCUACUACUUCAGAGUUAUCGGAGAGAACGAAUAUGGCGUGGGCGUACCACAAGAGGCUAAGGCUGGCACCAAGAUUACAGAGGUGCCAAGUGUCCCCAUGAAACUGGGAGUUGCAAAUGUCACCAAAGACAGCGUUACAAUUUGCUGGACCCGACCCGAGUACGACGGUGGGAGUAGAGUGAAGGGUUACCUCGUUGAUGCUCUGGAGAAGGGACAGACAAAUUGGGUCAAGUGUGCCACAGUGAGGGCCAUGAGCCAUACCAUAAAAAGCCUGAGGGAAGGCACAGAGUACUUCUUCAGAGUGCGAGCUGAGAACCAUGCUGGACUAAGUGAACCAAAAGAGAUGAUUGUACCAGUUCUCGUCAAGGAACUUCAAGAGGCUCCAGAGUUUGAUCUGAAAAAUUACCCCAAGAAUACUGUUUACGUAAGAGCUGGAGCCAACCUUACCUUUGACAUUCCAAUGACUGGGAAGCCAAUGCCUAACGUGACUUUGUCUAAGAAUAAUGUCGCCAUCAAGGGAUCCAAAAGACUAUUGACUGAAGUCACUCCUGACAGCUUAACAUUCACCCUGAAUGAAAGCAUGACAAGUGACGCUGGAAAAUAUGAAGUAACUGCCUCGAACCUUGGUGGCGCCACCAAGAUCUUCAUGAACGUCAUUGUACUAGAUAAACCUGGACCCCCUGUUGGACCUGUGGAGAUAGGAGAGGUUGGAGAGACCACAGCAUACCUGAAAUGGGCCCCUCCAGAAUACGAUGGUGGAAGUCCCGUUACCAAUUAUCUCGUCCUGAGACGGGAAACUAGCACACCUACUUGGACAGAGAUGUCAAGUAACAUUGCCAGAAGUGAAUUCAAGGCAACAAAGCUGACCAAGGGGGAGGAAUAUCAGUUCAGAAUUAAGGCUCAGAAUCGCUAUGGUGUCAGUGACCACAUUGACAGCAAGCCAGUCAUGAUCAAGCUUCCAUUCACCUUCCCUGGGCCUCCAUCCACACCUUGGGUUAGUUUCGUAUGUAGAGAUAACCUAACAGUCUGCUGGAACGAACCGGUCAACGACGGUGGGAAUCCCGUGAUUGGAUAUCAUCUGCAGAUGAAGGAAAGGAGCAGUAUUCUCUGGCAAAAGAUUAAUAAAAUGGCAGUACCAGGAAACCAGUUACGGGUCACCAACAUCUGCCCGGGUCUCAUCUACGAGUUCAAGGUGGCGGCUGAAAAUGCUGCCGGUAUUGGAAAGAUGAGCAAGAUAUCUGAAGAGGUGCUGGCUAUUGACGCGUGUGAGCCUCCCGCUAAUGUCCAUGUCACUGAAGUCACAAAGAACUCAGUCAGCCUGUCCUGGCAGAGGCCACCAUAUGAUGGUGGCAGUAAGAUCACUGGCUACAGUGUGGAGAGAAGGGAAGCAGCCAGUGGCAGAUGGGUGAAGGCUAAUUUCUCAAAUAUCCCUGAGAUGGACUUCACAGUGUCUGGCCUGAACCAGAAUGAAUCUUAUGAAUUCAGGGUGUAUGCAAAGAAUGCUCUUGGCUCUGUCAGUAACCCUUCUCUUAUUGCCGGCCCAGUAACUUGUAUUGAUGCAUGUGGUGCUCCAGCCCUUGACGUCCCUCCAGAGUAUUUGGAUGUGGUUCAGUACAAAGCCGGAACUUCCGUUAAAAUCAGAGUCAGAAUCAUCGCAAAACCUCAGCCAAGCAUAGAGUGGCUGAAGAAUGGAAAGGAGCUUGUGGCUUCUUCUUCCUUGUGCGUGGAAAGCACAACCGACUCGUCGGCCGUCGUGAUCAAGGAUGCGACCCGCAAGCACACUGGCUCGUAUCAGGUCAAGAUCAAGAAUAUCCUGGGCUCUGCAACUGCCACGAUCGCAGUUGAAAUCCUUGACAAACCUGGACCCCCAGCUGGUAGCAUAAAUUUUACCCUCAUUACAGCAGACAGAAUCACCUUCCGCUGGGAACCUGUGAGUGAGGCUGACCUCGGAGGUUCACAGGUGACACACUACAUUGUCGAGAGGCGUGAAACCAGCAGAGUGGUUUGGUCCACUAUCUCAGAGAGCCAUGAACAGACAUACAUCUCUGUCGGAAAACUGGUGCGAGGAAAUGAAUAUGUGUUCCGCGUGAUGGCUGUUAACAAGUAUGGCAUUGGUGUGCCACUGGAGUCAGAGGCUGUUGUUGCAAAGAAUGCUUUUGUAACUCCGGGGCAGCCACAUACUCCUGAGGUGAACACCAUCACCAAGACUACUAUGGUGGUAGAAUGGGAAGGUCCGGGUAUAGAUGGGGGUAGCACAGUUACUGGCUACUACCUGGAGAGACGUGACAAGAAGAGUUUGCGCUGGAUCCGAGUUUGCAAGGAUCCUAUUCCUGACAACAAACAGACUGUCUACCACCUAACUGAAGGAAAUGAUUACCAGUAUCGUGUCUGUGCCAUUAACAAGGCCGGGGAAGGACCCUUCUCAGAUGUAUCUGACUUCUAUAAGGCUGCUGAUCCAAUUGAUCCACCAGAUGAGCCUUGCAAGCUGAAGGUGAUGGAUUCCACAAAGACCUCUAUCACAUUGGGAUGGUCCAAGCCAGAAUGGGAUGGAGGCAGUGAGGUGACCAGCUACAUGGUGGAGAAACUCAACGAGGGAGAGGAAGAUUGGGCAAUGGUUACUUCAAAGGGAGAGGUCAAGUUGACAGAGUACACUGUACAUGACUUAAAGCCAGACGUGAACUACUUCUUUCGAGUUUCUGCUGUCAACUGCGUAGGCCUUGGUGAACCCUUGCAGAUGACUGAACCCGUACAGGCUAAAGAUAUCCUAGAGGAAGCACAGAUUGACUCCGAUGUGGCCACAAGAACUCAUUAUAUUGUGAAAGCCGGCAAGGACGUGGAGCUCUCUGUUCCGCUGAAGGGUCGACCAUCUCCCUGUGCUUCCUGGAGCAAAGGAGAUGUAUGCAUUGACAACAACCCCUCUUUUGAGUUCCACCAUUCAGAUACAACCACAGUCCUCAUUAUGCGUGAAGUAACCAAGCUUGACACUGGAAAAUAUACAGUCAAGAUUGAGAACGGUGUGGGAGAGCCCAAGACAUUAACCUUGUCGGUAAAGGUCCAGGACUCUCCAUCUCAGUGCAGGAACCUGACAUUGAAAGAAGUAACCAGCGGGAAAGUAACUCUUUGCUGGGAGAGCCCACUCCUCGAUGGUGGCGCUGAAAUCACCAACUACAUUAUUGAGAAGAGAGACUCUUCAAAGAGAUCGUACUCUACAGUAACAAGCAAAUGCACUGACACAAUCUACACAAUUGAAGAUCUCUCUGAAAAGACAUCCUACUUCUUCCGUCUUCUAGCAGAGAAUGAGAAUGGUGUUGGUGAACCAUGCGAAACACUCGAACCAGUGAAGGCUACACAGACCCCUGGACCAGUCAAAGACGUUUCGAUGAAGGAUUCCUCUAAGUCUUCUGUUAGUCUGCAGUGGCUAAAGCCUGAUUAUGAUGGCGGAAGUAUCAUCUCCGACUACAUCAUUGAAAAGAAAACUUCAGAUGAGGAAUGGACACUGGGAGGAACGAGCCGAUACUGUGAAUUUGAGGUAAAAAAACUAAAGGAGCACUCUGAUAUGUUCUUCAGAGUAGCUGCUCGAAAUGAGAAGGGCCAGGGGGAUUUUGUGAAGAUAGGGCCAAUCAAAGUAAUCGACUACGUAAUUACGCCUGAAGCAAGCCUUGCAGACUAUCCAGACGGAAGAAUUUGUGUUCGCUUAGGUCAUAAUGUCCACAUUGAGCUGCCAUACAAAGGUAAACCCAAACCAACGGUCUUUUGGCUGAAGGAUAACCUUCCCUUGAAGGAAAGCAAUGAAAUACGCUUCAAGAAGACAGAGAACAAAGCCACACUCAUGAUAAAGAAUGUGAAGAAAGAGAAUGAGGGUAAAUUCACACUCACUCUUGACAACAAAAUCAACAGAAAGUCUUUCCAUAUCCACGUCAUUACCCUCGGACCCCCAUCAAAGCCCCUUGGACCCAUCCGCCUUGAUGACGUAAGAGCAGAAAGCGUCACGAUCUCCUGGGAUGAGCCCCAGGUUGACGGAGGUGGAGAAAUCAACUGCUACAGUGUAGAGAAGCGCGACACUUCUCAGCCUGACUGGAAGAUGGCUUGUUCCAGUGUGGAAGGAACUCAAUUCAAAGUGCCUAACCUUAUCAAGGGUGUCCAAUAUCAGUUCAGAGUGUGUGCUGAGAACAGGUAUGGUGUCAGUGAACCCCUCGUCUCACAAACGGUAAUUGCCAAGCACCAGUUCAGGCCCCCAGGUCCGCCAGGCAAGCCUGUUGUGUACAACAUCACUAACGAUGGCAUGACUAUCCAGUGGGAGAAGCCCAUCUAUGACGGUGGUACCCCCAUCCAGGGAUUCCAUGUGGAGAAGAGGGAAAAGAACAGCUUUAUGUGGCAGAAGGUGAACAUGGCGCUCAUCAGAGAAACUGAGUACAGGAUCUCGGAUCUCAUUGAAGGCCUCGAGUACUCGUUCAGAGUCUAUGCACAGAAUGAUGCUGGCUGCAGCCGGAUGAGUGAUGAGAGUAAGCCCACUAUGGCUGUCAGUCCUGUUGAUCCUCCUGGCCAACCCGACUACACUGACGUGACUAGUGACUCAAUCACGCUAAAAUGGGACGCACCCAAACGUGAUGGAGGUAGCAAGAUUACUGGCUACAAUAUUGAGAAACGACAGAGACAAGGCCGUUGGUUCAAGGCCAACUUGAAUGAUGUUCAUGACUGCCAGUACACUGUGACUGGUUUGACAAUGAACGAGCGCUAUGAGUUCAGGGUGAUUGCUCGAAAUGCCAUUGGUGUCGUCAGCCCUCCGUCCAACUCAUCUGGUUUGAUUGUGGUCAGGAGCGAGAAUGCUGCUCCUCACAUUGAAUUUGGCCCAGAGUAUUUUGAGGGUUUGACUGUUAAAGCGGGUGACAACAUCAAGGUGAAAGUGGCCAUUACAGGACGGCCUGUUCCUAAGGUGCUCUGGUACCGAGAUGGUGUAGAAAUCACCAAAAGGAUGCUGGAUAUUAUCACUAUUGCUGGAUGCAGCACCCUUUUCAUCAGAGAUGCUGACCGCAGUCACCGUGGUCUCUACACCGUUGAAGCGACCAAUGGAUCUGGCGUAAAAAAGGAGGAUCUCUUGGUUCAAGUCCAAGACACUCCUGGAGAACCAGUAGGACCCAUCACAUUUAGCAACAUCUCAGAGGGCAGAUGUACUCUGUCCUGGAAUCCGCCAGAGAACGAUGGCUGCUCAGAAAUUACACAUUACAUCAUUGAGAAACGUGAAACAUCCAAGAUCUCUUGGGCAUUAGUGUCUGAAAACUGUCGAGAGUGCACUUUUAGUGCAACCAAACUCAUUAAGAUCAAUGAGUACCAGUUCAGGGUCUCAGCUGUCAACAGAUUUGGUGUUGGAAGACCAUUAGAAUCCUGCCCUAUUAUUGCACAGCUGCAAUACACUACCCCGAAUUCUCCAGGCACUCCAGAUGCCACUGAGAUCACAGGAGAAAGCAUAACUUUGGCAUGGACUCCUCCAACAUUUGAUGGCGGAAACCCCAUUCAUUUCUAUAUUCUGGAAAAACGAGAGAAAAAGACUGUCCGAUUCUACAAGGUGCUUUCAAAGAAACCCAUCACUGAAUGUGCUCACAAGGUUAUUAAUCUCACAGAAGAUAUGGAGUAUGAGUUCCGGGUUAUGGCUGUGAAUGAUGCUGGUGUUGGAGCUCCCAGCAAUAUCUCCCUGCCCAUAAAAGCUGUUGAGCCUAAGGAUAUCCCAUGUGCCCCAUCUGUGGUCUGUGUGUCAGACUCCACUGGUGACUCCAUUAGUCUAGAAUGGACCAAGCCUGCAGAUGAUGGCGGUUCUGAUAUUCUGGGCUACAUCGUCGAGAUGGUUAAGAACGAUGAAACAGACUGGAACAGAGUAAAUACUGAGCUGGUGCCAGAAACAGAGUAUAAGGUGACUGGUCUACAUACUGGGGUUGAGUACAAAUUCCGCGUUGCAGCCGUAAAUCAAGUCGGAAGAGGCGAAGACAUGGCAACUCUAGAACCGGCUCAGGCCAUUGAUAGACUCACACCACCAGAGGUGGAUAUUGAUGCCACCUUCAAGCAAAUGCAUAUUGUCAAAGCUGGCGGUUCAGUGAAGCUAAGUGUCCAAUUCAGGGGGAAGCCCGUCCCAGUUGCGACUUGGCUGAGAGAAGAAGGGGAAGGAGAACUAAGUGCGAUGUCAGAGGUCACAACUGCAGAGGGCAUUAGUACUCUGCAUAUUGAAAAUUGCUCAAGAAAUGAUUCGGGAAAAUACACUGUCAACCUACAGAACAGCAGUGGUAGCGAGGCCAUCAUUUUCACUGUGAAAGUCAUGGACACUCCUGGGGCUCCUCAGGCUUUAGCCUUUCAAGAGGUGUCCAGAGGUUCAGUCACACUUGCAUGGGACCCUCCAAUUAAUGAUGGUGGUGCACGAAUCCAUCACUAUAUUGUCGAGAGGCGAGAGGCAACCCGUCGCACCUGGCAGCAGUCUGGGGGUAAAUGCACUCAGAAUAUAAUGAAGAUCCAGGACCUCCUUGAGGGAGUGCCAUACUUCUUCAGGGUCUCUGCAGAAAACCAGUACGGUGUUGGUGAGGUGCUUGAGAUAACGGAGCCUGUUAUUGCUACCGCCGAGCCAGGACCACCAAAGAGAAUGGACAUUGUGGACACAACAGACAGCUCAGUUUCAUUGAGUUGGCUGAAGCCAGAGUAUGAUGGUGGAAGCCGUAUCCAGUGUUAUGUCAUUGAGGCCAGGCCAAAAGGCACAGACAAGUGGGUCGUGGUUGGCAAUACCAAGAACCUCUCCUACACGGUCGAAAAGCUCAACAAAGGAGAUGAAUAUCACUUCCGUGUGAAAGCUAAGAAUGAAUCUGGCCUCAGCAGACCUAGGGAAAUUCCAGCCCCAGUGUUGGUCAAAGAACCUCAUAUUGAACCGGCAGCUGAUCUUAGUGAGAUCACAAAUCAGCUGAUCACAUGCAGAUCAGGUAGCACGUUCACAAUUGAUGUUCCCAUCAGUGGGAGACCUGCUCCCAAGGUAACUUGGAGGCUGGAGGAGAUGAGGCUGAAGAACUCUGAACGGGUUUCCAUUAAAGUAACUAAAGACAGAGCAAUCAUAUCAGUCAAGGAUGCCAUGAGGGGCGAUGGUGGGAAAUACCACCUGACCCUGGAAAAUGUCGCCGGAUCCAAGACCUUCACUAUCGAUGUAAAUGUUACAGGUAGACCCAGUCCUCCAAAGGGGCCUGUUGAAAUCUCAAAUAUCACCUCAGAAUCUUGUGUUGUCAACUGGGAUGCGCCAGAAGACGAUGGCGGCACUGACAUUACCAACUACAUCGUGGAGAAGCGUGAAUCUGGUUCCACUGCAUGGCAGCUGAUCAACUCCAGUGUGAAACACACAUCUCUUCAUGUGAGUCAUCUGACCAAGUACAUGCAGUACACCUUCAGGGUCUCUGCCGAGAACAGAUUUGGUGUGAGCAAGCCGGCUGAGUCAGAGACUAUCGUUGCCGAGCAUUCUUACACACCACCUGGACCCCCAACAAGGCCAUUGGUCUUUAAUAUCUCUGCCAACACAAUGACCUUGAAAUGGGAGGAGCCCUAUCAUGACGGAGGCAGCAAGGUGACAGGUUACUGGAUUGAAAAGAAGGAGAGAAAUAAUAUUCUCUGGGUAAGAGAGAACAAGAUCCCUUGCUUUGAGUGCUUUUACAAGGUGGACGACCUUGUUGAAAGUCUGGAGUAUCAGUUCCGGGUUUAUGCCAUGAACAGCGCUGGUCUGAGCAAAGCCAGUGAAGCCUCCAAAGGAGCAAUUGCCCAAAACCCUGUUGAUCCACCAGGUAAGCCAGAAGUGACAAAGGUAACCAGGACCACCGUGUCGCUCAAAUGGUUGACUCCACUGAAUGACGGUGGAAGUCCAAUCGUGGGUUACAUUAUUGAACGCAAACCAUACACUUUGACUGGGGAGGGCCGCUGGCUGAAAUGUAACUACACGAAUGUUGUGGACAAUUUCUACACUGUUACCGCCCUGGGAGAAGGCGAACCCUACGAGUUCAGAGUCAUUGCCAAGAAUGCAAACCAGGUCUUCAGCACCCCGUCUGAGUCCACGGGCUCCGUGCAGUGCAAAAUUGACUUCGAACCUCCAAAGGCUCAGUUGGACAGCAAGCUCUUAUCUGAAGUUGUUAUGGUGAGAGCUGGGUCAGAUCUAGUUCUCGACGCUGCGGUGGGUGGCAGGCCUGACCCCAAAGCUUCCUGGUCUAAGGGCAACAGGGAACUGGAGUUAUGUGACAAGUACCACCUGCAAUAUACAUCCAACCGAGCAAUGGCCAUCAUCAAGUUCUGUGACCGAGAUGAUACUGGAAAGUACAUUCUCACUGUUCGGAAUGUGAGUGGAACCAAGACUGCCGAGGUCAAUGUCAAAGUACUUGACACUCCAGGAGUCUGUGAAGGCAGCAUCGAGAUCAGCAGGAUAACUGAGGAAUCAUGCACUCUGAGCUGGAAACCUCCUCUAGAGGAUGGUGGUGAUGAGGUAUCUCACUACCUCGUGGAGAGAAGAGACACCAACAGACUUAACUGGGUUUUCAUGCAUGCCGAGUGCAAAGACCUGAUCUGCAACAUCACCGGUCUGUUAAAGAACACAGAGUACUUGUUCAGAGUCAUGGGAGUCAACAAGUAUGGCGCUGGAAUACCCCUUCUCUCAGAGGCCAUGGUUGCCAGAAAUACUUUCAGUGUGCCAACUCCACCGGGUGCACCUGAGAUCCUGGUGUCUGGAAAGGACUUUGCAACCAUUGAAUGGCUGAAGCCCGAGAGCGAUGGCGGAAGUCCGUUGAUCCACUAUCUGGUUGAGAGGCGGGAGAAGAAGAGUGCCCGGUGGGUGAAGGUGAACAGGAGCGGGGCACACCUCGACACAAUGCUGAAGGUGUCUGGUUUGGCUGAAGGCAGCAUAUACCAGUUCAGGGUGACUGCCAUCAACAAGACUGGGGAGAGUGAACCCAGUGAAGUUUCUCUGUAUGUUGUCUGCAGAGUACCAACAUGCACCCCCUCACCUCCCUCUGUACCUCGUAUCACUGACACCCACGCUGACAGCAUUAGCUUAGCUUGGUCUCGCCCUGUGGAGGAUGGAGGUGCUGAUGUGCUGGGCUACAUACUGGAAAUGCAGGAAGUUGGAAAAGAGGAGUGGACAAAGGCCCAUGAGAAGACAUUGCGUACUUCCGAACACAUGGUGACUGGACUUUGUUCAGGCAAAAAGUAUUGCUUCAGAGUGGCUGGCAUCAACAUCAAUGGCACCGGAGACUUCAGUGAGCGGUGUACUGAGACAGAGCCAGUGGAGAGAAUUGAAACUCCUGACUUUGAGCUCCACGAUGACCUGAAGAAGACCAUCUGCCUGCGUGCUGGCGGUUGCCUCCGCCUCUUCGUAAAUAUCACAGGCCGUCCUGCUCCAACAAUUGCUUGGAGCAAGCCAGGUGUCAACCUCAACAACCGAGGCUUCAUAGAGGUCACCCAUAAGUCAACCACACUCAUCAUUGAUAAGGUCCACCGAUAUGAUGCUGGAAAAUACACGAUUGUGGCUGAGAACUCUGCUGGGAAACAAGAAGUCUCUCUUCUGGUCAAAGUCUAUGACACCCCGGGACCAACAGGACCAAUCAAGAUCAAGGAACUGACCAAAGAAUAUGCUAUCAUCUCAUGGGAAGGCCCAACUGUGGACGGUGGCGCUCCUGUCAAUAAUUAUAUUGUUGAGCGGCGUGAGGCCUCCAUGAGAGCCUACAAAACUGUUACUUCCAAGUGUAGCAAGACAUCCUUCAAGAUUGAUGGACUGAUGGAGGGUAUGCUGUACUACUUCAGAGUCCUACCCGAAAACAUUUAUGGGGUCGGCGAGCCUUGCGAGACAGCGGAUGUCAUCCUGGUUUGCGAGGUGCCUCACCCACCGCGUAAACUGGAGGUGGUUGACAUCACCAAGACUACCGUUUCGUUGAGCUGGGAGAAGCCUGAGCACGAUGGAGGAAGUCGACUGAUCGGUUACGUUGUUGAGGCCUGCAAGUUCGGUACUGAGAAAUGGAUGAAGGUGGCCUCGCUCAAGCUAACCGACUUUGAGCACACUAUUGAGAAGCUGAAUGAGAAGGAACAGUACUUGUUCAGAAUCAAAGCCAUCAACAGUCGAGGUGCCAGUGAAGCAAAGGAGCUUGUUACACCUGUGACUGUACAAGAACAAAGAGUGAUGCCUGCAGUGGAUUUCACCAACAUUCCCCAGAAAGCUGUUAAUGUUGAGGCCGGUAAGACCCUGGAGCUUGAUAUGCCAAUAAUUGGCAGGCCUCCCCCGUCCUGCUGCUGGUUCUUUGGUGACAAUAGGAUAAAAAUCACAGAUCGUGUCAAGAUCCAGAGCACUGGCAAGUUUUCCAAACUAACUAUGUCUGACACAACUAUUGAUGACACUGGCAACUACACCCUGGAGGUGAAGAACACUGUUGGUGUCACCACCGAGGUCAUCAAGGUUGUCAUUCUCUCCAAACCUGAUGAACCAAAAGGACCAAUAAGAUUUGAUGAGAUUGAUGCCACCACAGUUACAUGUAGCUGGGAUCCUCCUCCAAGGGAUGGUGGCGCUCCCAUAAGUGGAUAUGUGGUGGAGCAACGAGAUGCCCACAGACCAGGCUGGGUGCCGGUUUGUGACUCGGUCAGCCGACCCACUUUCAAAUUUGAGAACCUGAUUGAGGGAGAUGAAUAUGUCUUCCGUGCUGCCGCUGUGAAUCGCUACGGCACUGGAGAAUUCUUGCAGUCUGAGAUUGUCACUUGCAGGAGCUUGAAAAAUGUGUCUGGAUGCCCUGGACGACCGACCAUUCUCGAUGUUUCACGUGAUGGAAUGACUGUAGCCUGGAACCCACCAGAAGAGGAUGGUGGGUUGGAAGUCUCUGGUUACAUCAUUGAGCGUAAAGAAGUCAGGUCUGACAGAUGGGUGCGUGCCAACAAGAAUCCCAUCACCAUGACUAGAUACCGCUCAACAGAGCUUAUUGAAGGCCUGGAGUACGAGCACAGAAUCAUCGCUAUCAAUGCCCGUGGAAUAAGUAAACCAAGUCUGCCUUCUAAACCAGCUGUGGCAUCAGACCCCAUAGAUCCACCCGGUUGCCCACAGAACCCUCGCAUCACGGAAACUACAAAGUCAUCCGUAUCACUGGCUUGGAGUCCGCCUGAUGAUGAGGGAGAUGCGAGAGUGGACGGGUACCUAAUUGAGAUGCAGAAGGUGGGGACUAUGGCUUGGCUCAAAUGCAACACCACGCCCUCUCUGAUCUGCGAAUAUACACUGACCAACAUGCUACAAGGAGAGGAGUUCAAAUUCCGAAUACUGGCCUGCAAUGUGGGAGGUUCUGGAGAACCCGCUGAAGUUCCUGGAACUGUCACCAUCAGAGAAAUGUUUGAACCUCCUGAUUAUGAACUUGAGCUGAAAUACAAAGAAGUCCAUGUGGUCCGUCACGGCGGAGUGGUCCGUCUCUCUCUCCCUAUCAAGGGUAAACCUCAACCUACUUGUUCAUGGUUCAAGGACGGCGGGACAGUGUCAACUAAGGCCAUGGUUGCUCACACUGAAGACACCAGUGAACUGGUAAUCAAAGGAGCGGAGAGGAGUGACUCUGGUGUGUAUGAGCUCCUUCUUGAAAAUAAAGUCGGGAAGAAGAAGGUCCAAAUCAAGGUUAAUGUCAUCGGCCGUCCAAGUGCUCCAGAAGGACCUUUAGUAUUUGAAGAAAUCCAGGCCAACUCCGUUAAGGUAUCCUGGAAGGUGCCCACCGAUAACGGCGGUACAGAGAUCCUCGGUUACAUUGUUGAAAGAAGAGAGGUUACCAGAAAUGCUUGGUACACUGUGGACAGCAAGGUAACUGAUAAUCAGUUGGUUGUCAGGGGCCUAAACGAAGGAACCGAAUAUCACUUUAAGGUAACCGCGGAGAACUCGUUUGGUAUCGGUCCAUCGCUGAAGUCAGAGCAGCCGCUGUUGCCCAAGACUCCGCUUUGUCCACCAGAGCCUUCCAGUGCACCACCGGAGAUCAUGGAUGUCACCAAAAACUCUGUGGCACUGGGCUGGUACAGACCAAAAGAUGAUGGGGGUUCCACCAUCACAGGUUACUUUAUUGAGUACAAGGAGGUGUCCACUGAGCAAUGGUCUCGUCACCCCACCAAGAUUAUGUCCACCAUGUUUACUCAGUCUGGACUCACAGCAGAUGCCAACUAUCACUUCCGAAUUGUUGCUGUCAAUGACGUUGGCGAGAGUGAGGCUGGACCUGUGUCUGACCCAGUCAUAUGUAAAGAUCCAUUCGAUAAGCCGAGCCAGCCAGGUGAAAUUGAUACAACAAAUGUAACUAAUAAGUUGAUCACCAUUUCCUGGCAAGCACCAGAGUGUGAUGGUGGUAAAGUAGUCCAGGGUUAUUGGGUGGAAUACAGGAAGUCCACUGAAAGCAGCUGGAAGAAAUGCAACAAACAGAGGGUAAAAGAACUAGAGUUCACCAUGGUUGGUCUGGCUGAAGCUACUGAGUAUGAGUUCAGAGUAUUUGCUGAAAAUGAGACCGGAAUAAGCAGACCUCGUCGGACUGCCACUUGCAUCAAGACGAAACUGGGUGUUGAAACGAAACCAAGUCUUAGAAAAGAAAUUGAUGAGGUAACAGAAAAACUGGGACAGCCUGCUGUAAUGAAGUGCCAGAUUAUUGGCAGACCUGUUCCUGAGAUCAGGUGGUACCACGCAGGGAGGGAGAUUGUGGAGUCCCGCAAAUACGAGAUGACCUCCGAUGGCCGUAACCACUCCCUUUCCAUCAUGACUGACCAACAAGAGGAUGAGGGAGCAUACACCUGUAAAGCUACCAAUGAUGCUGGCGAAGCAGAAACCACAGGCAUUCUCGUACUGGAAGCUGCGCCAUCCUUCCAUUCAGACUACCCAUUGAAGAACACCUACUAUGCUGGUCUGGGAACAACCCUCCGAAUCCAUGCUCCGUACAUUGGCCGUCCUGUACCAAAGAUUAUGUGGCUCCAAGAAGCAAAGACCCUGGAGACAUCGGAGGACAUCAGUAUUGAGACCACCGAGUAUUAUUCGCACCUGAUUAUCAAAAAUGUCCAGCGCAGAAUCCAUGGAGGAAAAUACAGGAUCCGACUGCACAACCACUUUGGCAGGGUAGAUGCCGCAUUCAAAGUUGAAAUCUAUGACAAACCUGACAUGCCUCAGGGUCCCAUCGUGAUGGAGGCGCUCCUUAAGAAUUCUGUCAUCAUCAGCUGGAAGCCUCCCAAGGACGAUGGAGGCUGCAUGAUUACCAACUACAUCGUGGAGAAGAGGGAGGACAACCAAGAAAGCGAGUGGGAAUUGGUGUCAUCAUCCAUUCACGGUACAUCUUGCCGUGUGCCCAACCUCACUGACAGCGCUGGAUACUUCUUCCGCGUAUAUGCCCAGAAUCGCUAUGGCAACAGCGAGCCACUUGAACAGAUCUCACCUAUCCUCAUCAAGAGCCAAUUGGAAAACCCAUCACCGCCUCAGGCAAUAGUUGUUUCUGGAAUCACCAAGGACUCCUGUGUGGUUUGCUGGAAACCUCCACUCAGUGACGGUGGCUCCAAAAUCAAAAGCUAUUGCCUUGAGAAGAAGCAAAAGAAGGAUAAGAAGGAAUGGGGUGAAUGGACACCUGUGACUACGGAUGAGAUCAAACAGACAGUCUUCUCUGUCAAACAUUUGUCAGAGGGCAUUGAAUAUGUAUUCCGGGUGAAAUGCGAGAACCUUGGAGGAGAAAGCGACUACAGUGAGGAAAGCUCUUCCAUUGUUCCUGCCACAGCUGUUGAUGUUCAAGCACCAGCCUUUAAGGAGGAGCUGAGGAACAUGAGUGUCAAAUACAAGAGCAAUGCUACACUUGUCUGUAAAAUCACAGGUCAGCCCAAACCAGUAAUUAAAUGGUUCAGACGAGGAAAAGAAAUCCAUGCGGAUGAAAAGAAGAUCAAAAUUCAAGAAUUCAAGGGAGGUUACCACCAACUCGUCAUCGCUGAGGUUGAUGAGGAAGACUCUACUGUGUACCAGAUCAGGGCCACCAAUCAAGGAGGUUCCAUCUGUGCCACGAUCUCUCUGGAUGUCGAAAUUCCUGCAACGAUCCACCUUCCCAAGAAUCUGAAGGACAAAGAAGCAAUUCCUGCCCUGCGUGGAGAAAUGGUCAAUAUUAAGAUACCUUUUGGUGGCAAACCUGAUCCUGUCAUCACAUGGCAGAAGGGGCAAGAUCUCAUAGAUAGCAAUGGCCACUACCAGGUCAUUGUCACACGCUCAUUCACUUCUUUGGUGUUCCCUCACGGCGUGGAGAAGAAGGAUGCUGGAUUUUACAUCGUCUGUGCUAAAAACAGAUUUGGAAUUGAUCAGCAGACAGUUGAGUUGGAUGUGGCAGAUGUCCCUGAUCCUCCCCGUGGUCUUAAAGCCAGUGAUAUCUCUCGAGACUCUGUCACACUUAACUGGGUUGCCCCAGCAAAUGAUGGCGGCAGCAAGGUUAUCAGUUAUAUUAUUGAAAAAUGCCCCACCACAGCUGAGAGGUGGGAGCGAGUUGCUCAAUCUCGUGACAGCCGCUACACUGUUAUCAAUCUUUUUGGAGGAACCAGCUAUCAGUUUAGAGUCAUUGCUAAGAACAAGUUUGGAAAGAGUUCCCCGUCUGAGACCAGCGGACCUGUCAUGACAAAGGAGGACAAAUCCAGAGUUCUUCUCUAUGACAGGGAGGUUGACGAUAUGGGGCGUGUUCCCAAAAGCAAAGCCCAACACUCUGAUGCAAAGAAUCUCUGUAACAAAUUCUCGAUUGCAGAGGAACUGGGAAGAGGCCAGUUUGGUAUUGUCCACCGCUGUGUGAACAUCAGCUCUGAGAAGACCUAUAUGGCCAAAUUUGUCAAAGUCAGAGGUGCUGAUCAGGCUGUAGUCAAGAAGGAAAUUGCCACACUGAACCUGGCUAAGCACACAAACUUCCUACUUCUUCAUGAGUCAUUCGACAGCCCAGAGGAGCUGGUCAUGAUCUAUGACUUUAUCUCUGGUGUCGACAUCUUUGAACGUCUAACCACAUCAGAUUUUGAGCUAAAUGAGCAAGAAAUUGUCAAUUAUAUUCGGCAGAUCUGCUCAGCUCUUGAGUUCCUGCAUGGACACAGCUAUGGACAUUUUGAUAUUAGACCUGAGAAUAUUGUGUACACAACAAGAACCAGCUCAAACGUAAAAAUCAUUGAGUUGGGCCAGUCUAGACACCUGACGCCUGGAGACCAAAUCAGGAUUCAGUACACGACUGCAGAGUAUGCUGCCCCUGAGAUCCACCAGGGUGACAUGGUUAGCACUGUGACUGACAUGUGGUCAGUUGGCGUCUUAGCUUAUGUGCUCCUCUGUGGACUAAAUCCAUUCACCGCUGAAACCAACCAGCAGAUGAUUGACAACAUUUCAAAUGCAGCCUACAGCUAUGAUGACGAGUGUUUCAAGCAGGUCAGUGUAGAAGCAUUAGAUUUCACAGACCGCUUAAUGACAAAGGAACGUAAACAUCGCAUGACUGCUACCGAGGCGCUGGUGCAUCCAUGGCUGUCCAUGCCUGCAGAAAAUCUGAGCACCAGAACCAUCCAGAGCACUAGACACAAGCGAUACUACCAGACAAUGGCAAAGAAGGAAUGGAGCACUACGGUGUCUGCAGCUCGAGUGGCCAGUGGGGGCUCAAUUCGGUCCCAGCGUGGUGUGUUGAUGGCCAAGGUGAAGAUUGCUCCAUUUGAACAUGGACCUGUCGCUGGUCAGAUUAGACAUUCGGUGUCAGGCGAGGGUGACAGUGUGAAGUUCAUCUGCAAUAUUGACAACUAUGACAGUACCACUGAAGUCACCUGGUAUUGUGGUGUCAGGCAACUGGAAGCAAGUGAAAAGUACAAAAUCCAAUAUGAGGAUGGCCUGGCUGUGAUCACAAUCACCAAGGUGACAAGAGCUGAUGAUGGCACUUAUAGGUGCAAAGUUGUCAAUGAGUAUGGUGAGGACAGUGCUUACGCAGAGUUGUUUGUCAAAGGUGUCAGGUCAUUCCGUGACUUCUUUACUACCCGUGUGGUCAAGAGGACAAAGCGUCGAAUUGAUACUGCCAGAAUGCUUCAGAAGCCCCCAGAGUUCACUUUUCCUCUGAUUAACCAUACUGCAUACACUGGAGAAGAUGUGCGUUUCAGUGUCACCAUCACUGUUCACCCUGAUCCCCGUGUCACGUGGCACAAAUCUGGACAAAAGCUGAUCCCUGGAGAGGAAGACAAAAAGUAUACCUUCAUCGUUGACAAAGGCCUGUAUCAGCUCAUUAUCCACAGUGUCGAUGAUAACGAUGAUGCUGAAUACAGCGUUGUAGCUCGCAACAGGUUUGGUGACGACAGCUGCAAGGCCCGUCUGACGGUGAUUCCUCGACCAAAACCGGCAGAUCUCACCCUAAGGCCCAUGUUCAAACGUCUUCUUGCCAACAUUGAGUGUAGGGAGGGCCAGAAUGUUCGCUUUGAGAUCAGAGUUUCGGGCCAUCCCACACUAAAGUGGGAAAAGGAUGGCACACCAAUAGCCUUUGGACCAUCGAUUGAACUUGUCCACGAAGGCUUGGAUUAUUUCAUUCUUCACGUGAGAGACACAUUACCUGAAGAUUCUGGUGUAUACAGAGUAACUGCAACCAAUUCUGCCGGAUCUGCCAGUUGCCAAGCAACACUCAAAGUGGAACGAGUUUCUCAUGUAAAGAGAGAUUAUGAGGGCAGUCAAAAGGAGCAUAAAAGUGAGUCUCAAAAGGAGGUAUUAGACAAAAAGGUGAGGUUGUAUCAGAUUUUGUCUGACACCGUUGUCAUACCAUUACCACCUGCCGCAGUACAAGCUGUCAGGGAAGCAGCGACCAUGUUUAAGCCUGCUGUGACGACUAAAAAGAGUGAAAAGGGUGAGGCUGAAAUACAGAAAGAAAAAGAGGAGAGAAAAAAACGGGCUGAUGAGAAAAGACUGCGUAUGCCAUACGAUGUGCCCACGCCACGUGUCAUGAACCCGGCAGUGCUAGAAGAGGAUGUCAAAAUCAAACACUUCAAGCCACUCUCAGACAUGAAGUGGUACAAGAAGCUUAGGGAUCAAUAUGAAUUCCCAGACCCAAAGGAGAAAAUCAAGCAGAAAAGGAUGAAACGUAUUCGUCUCUCCAGGUGGGAGCAGUUCUACGAAGUUCCUAUCAGGAUCAAAGACCAGUACAAGCCAAGGUGGCAUAUCCCAUCCAUGACUCAGGAUGAUUUAGAGAUGGUGAGACCAUCAAGACACCGUGCAAUUUCUCCAGAGAUAGAUAUCUACCACAGGAUUAGAAGAAGGUCACUGGGUGAUCUGUCAGAUGAGGAGCUGCUACUGCCUGUUAAUGAGUAUCUGUCCAUGAAGAGAACUGAGGAGGAGAGGCUUCGCCUGGAGGGAGAGCUGGAGCUCGGGUACUCUGCUUCCCCGCCCAGCCUCAGCCCCGUUCGCUUUGCCCUAUCAUCACUGCGUCCUUCAUCACCUGUAAGAGUCUACAGUGAUGAUGAGGAGACAGAGGUUUUGCAAAGAUACGAUUCAUACCGAAUUCCAUCCAAAUAUGAGGCCGGGCCAAGCUUUGUUGAACUGCGGCAGCGCCAUGACAAAGCCACAUACAAACCUCCCAGACAGAAGCAAAGAGUGUACGAGGAGAGAGAAGAUCAGGAGUUACUGCGACCUCACAUCACUAGUCAAAGAAUCGCCUCCUACAAGAGUGAACUCAAGCGCAUGGAGUGUGAGGAGAAGACUCGUAAUUUGAAGCAGGAAACAGUCAUCAGUGUCACAAAAGCUUUGGAGGAUAUUGAGUCAGAGCAUCUGACUAUUUUGGCUUCUGAAUAUAUUCCUAAACCCAUUAAGAAGCUCCCGAGACCUGACAUAGAGAGGAAAGCUCCUUCCUCAGAAAAGGCUGUCAAAACAGAGAUGCCCUUGCCCAGAGUAAAUUUUCUGUCCAGGUAUGAGGAGAGAAAGCGGACUCUCAGGUCAGAGCGGAGAUCUGUGGAGAGGACAUCAGAGGGUCCUUUAAGCCUUGACCACAUCCCACGCAUUAGCAUCCGAUUGCGAUCUCAUCGUGUUCCCUAUUGUUCUAAUGCAAACUUCACCCUCAAUGUCCAGGCCAAGCCAGAGCCCAGUGUUGAGUGGUUUCACAAUGGAAGAGAGAUAAAACCAAGCAGCAAACACCACAUGAGCAACAUCAGUGGACUUCUGACACUCCAGAUCAACAAUUGUAUGACUGAUGACGCAGGAACAUACUCUGUGGUGUGCAGGAACAUCAAAGGAGAGACUUCAGACAGUGCCACGUUGGAUGUGGCAGCAGAAUAUCCUCCCUUCACUUGCAUCCAUCGAGACGAGGAACCGCCAUUCUCCCAUCUUCCAGAUCCGACCAAAACGGAGGUGUACCACAUCUCUUCAGAAGCAGUCAAGGAAACGGUGCCUGCAAUGGCGACAAAGGAAAUUGCCAUUGUUGAAAAAGAAAAGGCAAAGCCUAUGGUGUUAGCAAAGAUCCUGACCAAACCACAGUCUCUGAGUGUUGAGGAGGGAGCUUUUGCCAGAUUCUCAUGUGAAGUAGACGGUGAUCCGACACCUUCCAUAUUGUGGCUUCAUGAGGGAGCGACUCUGGGCUCUUCUAGCCGUCACCACAUUGUCUCUACGCAGCACACCUCC